GAUUUCCUGCUCCAACUCUGAGCACUGUGGAGCUAAACAGCCGGUGCUCCACCGACACACGGAGGAUGACAGUCCUGUUACGACUUUUACCGCCGAACAUUGGUCUAUUAGUAUUCCUCUCUGCACUGCAUGAGUGAAUAAGCUCAAUAUUGUCAUUUACUUCAAGAUAGGGUCGACACAUCAGAGCACCGUGACAGGUUCGUACGGGAUGCUCGGGAACGGGAGAGAUAUUCCCCGGUUAUUUAGAUGCAGUCACAGGCCACCACCACCGCCGGUCUGCUACUACAUUUAGGACACAGUGAAGCAGAAGAGGGAGGCAAACAUGGGCUUCAUGCACCAGCUCCAUCUCCUGCUGUGGAAGAACAUCUCUCUGAAGAGGAGGGGACCGGUAAGACAUUACAUUCACACACCUGUCAGGCUGAGGAAUUACAUAAGGACGAGUACAGGGAAGUCGCGUUUGUGCUUUAGAGCAGACAGGCGUCGGUUCCGCCUGAUCCGCAGCCGGUGUUCAUGGGCUCCCAGCAGCGGUGUUUGUCUACUAAUGUUCCCAUCAGACGGUGGAAUAAAUCCGCAGCGAGCUUAAUAAGGAGCAGCAGCAGCAGGAGGAGGAGGAGGUGGUGGUGGUGGAUGAUGAUGAUGAUGUGGAGGAUGUACGCGCAGGUUUACUGAUCCAGAUCUUUGCAUACAGUCAAACAGGUUGUUGUGAAGGAUAAACAACUGUUGUGUAAUCAGGUUCAUGCUGAAAAGGCCUGGUCGGUGUUGUAAGGAUGGAAAAUGUGCAGUCUGGUGGACAAGGAAGUUUGAUUUUAUCAUAAUAACAAGAUGCAACUAAUGUGUUAGGCCUGGCUGAUGUAAUCAUGACUAUACAAAGUAGAUAAAACAAUGGGAUGAAAUCAUUCCCAUGACCUCAAACCAAAAGCACUGGAAGCCCCACCCAUGGAUAACAUUAUGGCAGUACAAAACUGUUGCUUUCUGACCAAACCAUCUGUUUAUUGGUGUACAGCUGAUUUUUUAAAAACACAUUAUGAUUAUUUAAAUAGGUCAAAGUCAUAAUGAGAUUGAUAAAUAGACAAAAAAUAAAGCAAAAGACAUGACUUUAGUGGUGUGUGGUAUUGACAAAAACAGUAUUUAUAGUACUUAAAAUAUAUAUGUUUGUAAAAGUCUUGUAUUAAACUCACUCCAGCGACCGUUAAAGGGAUAUUCUGGUGUAAAGUUAAGUUAGGGUUAAACACACCGUAACUCUGAGCUAGAGCGAGAGAUGAAUGUUCCCGACAGCUUGCUUCUCUAGUUAUACCAACUUUAGUAACGACCGCACGAUAGCAAAACACAGAGCCACGCGCUCAACCAAAACCCCACUCCAUAGCCACAUAUAAUGCCCAUGAACAGCACCUAACUUCAUCAACAGUACAUAAAAGGUUCCAGCCAUAGUAUGCGCCAUCAAACACCUUUUUAGCUUUACCUGAUUUCUUUAGUAAACACAACUCACCUACUCUCUUCCAGCAGCCACUUGUUUGUAGAGAGACCUCUGGGCGAGUCCAUCGACUGCAGCAGGGUGAAGCAGCCUAAGAAGGAACAUUUAUGAUAAUUUUUUCAUGGAAGACUGAGGCACUAAGGCAGAAGAACCACCGCGUCUGCAGUGCAAAAUGAUUUAUAUGGUGAUUUUUACUUAAAGGAAAUGAUGAAGUAAUGAUCAUAAAUGUUCUUCCUUGAGCUGCGUCACCCCGCCGUAGUCCUUAAUGGACUGGCUCGCGACAAACAAGCGGCUGCUGGAAGAGAGUCGGUGAGUUGUGUUUAGUCUCUUUACUAAAGAAAUCAGGCAAAGCUAAAAAGAUGUUUGGUGGUUAGUACUAUGGCUGGACCCUAUAUAUACUGUUGAUGAAGUUAGGUGCUGUUCUGAGCAUUAUUUGUGGCCAUAGAGUGGCGUUUUGGUUGAGGUUUGUGUAUGGCUCCUCAGACCUCUGUGUACUGCUAUCGUGCGGUCUUACUAAAGUUGGUAUAACUAGAGAAGCAAGUGGUUGGCCACAUUAAUCUCUCGACGGUGUGUUUGACCCUAAAUUAAUUUUACGCAGGAAUAUCCCUUUAAAAUAUAUGUGUUUGUAAAAGUGUUGUAUUUAACUAGCUCCAGCAACUAUUAAACUUUACAUCCCCAAACCCACAUGUGCACCACCAGCCAGAUUACAGUCAUAACAAUCACUUCACAGCAGCAUACGGUAGCUGUCUAGGGACACAUGGUUCAAAAUCCAAAACACUGUCUCUUUGGGAAAAUUUGUCUUAGACUUAAGUGCUGCACAUGCUUGUCUGCAUCCACAACAGAUAGACCUGUUGAUAUAAGCAAAAACAAAAUAUUCAAAUAUUAUUUCAGGGUCAUCGUGAGCAAAAACUGUUGUCUCAAUCACCAAGAGUUGAGCGUGAAAAUGCUUAUUUAUACUAAUGAAUAAGCAUUAUAGAUGUGCUUGAACUUAACAAACAUCUCUGGUGCACAGAGACACAAUUUCCUCAGUGCAGUUUGUGAUACAAUAAACUGGGGAUGCAUCGAAAAUUCAGCCACCAAAAAUCUUAGGCUGAAAUCGGCCCAGAAGUGCAUUUUUGGUUUUCGACCGAAAGACUUUUAUCACCGAAACAACAUGGCCGAAAUGCCAGCAUGCACUUGUCUAGAUAAGGGCCAACAUGUCUUUGGUGUGGAUGUAUUUCAGUGUAUCUGAGAACCACGGAUAGCGAUUUGCAUAGAUUGUAAUGCUGAAAUUUGAAGAGGGGUUGCAUCUGCACAGAGUCUCUUUUUUUAGGAUGAAACUAACGUGGUGGAACAUUGUACUGGUUAAAGAUAAAGAUGACAAAGAGAGAGGUUGUUUGAAUCACCAGCUCCAUUUAUAUUACUUAGUUUGUUUGCAUGAUGUUAAAAAUGUUUUGUUGUGUGAGUUGGACUAAAACUGAACUUUAAAAUACAUAUAAACCUAUUAGUCUGACUGAAAUCGCACUGUUAAAAUGCUUAAACUCGCACUGGAGUACUCAAAUAAAACUGGCCAAGGCACCCUGCACACGCUUUACAGUUCUCAUGCUUGAUUUAGACCCAGGGGUUGGCAUACCAUCAAUGUAUGGAUUAAAGCUGGGCAGCCUGGAAAAUUAAUGCAUUUCUCAUUUAUGGUUAAAUCAAAUGCUGUUUCUGUUGUUCUGUUUGUUUUCAAAACACAAAUUUUCACAAUAACAGUAAUAAGUAAAUUCUAGUAAAGGUGAGACUUAUCAUUAUAAUAAAAAGAAGGUACAUAUAGAGUACAGGGCUUGACACUGACUUUUUUCACAAGGAGCACAUGUUCUCCUAAGUUAAAAAAGUAAGGAGCACACAAAGAAGUUUAGGGGCACUAUGAAAAUUGAUCAAAUAAUGUUUGUCUUAUGGUUGACUUGAUAACUAUUAUUAGAAAUCAAUUUUAGGUCAGUUGGUCACAUGACAUGGAAGCUAUUGAAGGGAAAUAGCCUUUUCUGAGAACAUCAACCGGUAAUUUAUUGAUGGUCCCUUAUUCAACACCUGUCGUUGACCGUGAGGGUGCUAAAUAGAUUUAACUGCGCUGCUGUUGCUAUUCCCGGUUGUGGAGAGUGAGAAGACACCUGUGGAUCCGCAGUAAAUGAUCGUGGAAUAUCCAACCUAACUUCACCGCAGUAUUAACAUGAAAAACAUUUGUUGGUUUGCUGAUUUUUUUUCAAUGCGCACAUGUGCCCCUAAAUACAUUUUACAAUUCGCACACAUCUAUUUUUAGUCUCAAAUGCGAGUGAAACGGUCGCACUGUUGUUGAGUUUGACAAUACUGGCAUAUAGAAUAUUGCCAAAGACACAAUAUUGUCAUUCGUAUUUUUCGACAUCUGGUAUUUACUUUGACAAGAAAAAGAAUAUGAAUCCUCUGGUUUGAACUGAGCUGAGAUCUGAUUGUAUUAAUGUUGCUGGUGGUCACAUUUGACUUGUUGACACAAUUUUCUUUUGUUUUGUUUUGAUGGUUUUGAGCCGAUAUGCGUCUUGCCCAAGUCUGAGAGUUCACAGGUAUUUCUCCACUGGCCAUACUCCCCACCCUUCAUGGGCUUACAUAACAGUGCUUUGGAAAUGAAAGUGAAAUGGUGAGGCUUAAUUUCUACAUCAGCAAGGGUGAAUCUGUGCGUGUAGUGAACUGUGAUGUUAUUUUUAAAAAGGACUUCCAAGAGCCAGGAGACCAGCCACUCAGUGAUGCUGGGUAAAUUGGAAGUUUAACUUGUGCAAUGCAAGGGCUGGCUUCCUCAACUUCAGAUCGCUGGUGUUGUGUUUCCAUAACACAAUCUACCAUGGAUAAUCAUCGUAGACAGGGAUUGACAUGACAAGGAGUAAGGUAAGUAGAAGUGAGAACACAGAUCUGGGAGUUCUCAUGAGUGAGAGCUUGCAGAGUGGUUGUAGCAGGCAGAGUAGACAGACGAAGCAGUUUAAAUAGAGCGCCGUUUUGGCAUUUGCCAGUUGGAUGUGUAGGGUGCAACCAGCUGAGCUCUCAGCUGACUGAGGUUUGGCUUAGGAUCAGCUGACUGUCACUUCUAACUUGAUUCAAUUUGAUGGUUGUGUCAGCCUGAUAUGAAAACAUCAUUUUCAGAUUGAACGCCUCACUCAUCCUGAUAGAAACAUGAUGCAAAUCGACGAUGAGACGUUCCAAUGCCACCCUCCAGAUGUGCGGUACAAUCUCACAUGCCGACCUCCUCGUCCUCCACGUCGUGAGGCCUUUAAGCCCUGCUGGGUCUAUUAAUAGCCAUCAGAAACCCUACAGCCUGUCUGCUGCUUUAUUUUGGUGAUGUUUGUGCCGUUUUUAAAAGCCAAAGUCGUUUCGUCCUCAGGACGCCUGAUUUUUUUUUCUCUGCUUGAUGCCUUUGCUGCCGUCCUGAUAGAGGGGUGUUGUUUGUGUUUUGACACAAAGAUAGAGGGGUGCAGCUAUUUUUAGCCCUUCUACGUUCCUAUAUCACAGAAGAGGGAGGCACGUGCGGUGCAUCGGGGAGCCUCAGUUAUAAUAAUAGUAACAGCUGCGUCAUUUCUGUCUGUAGAUUUAUUAUCAGGUCUCUCUGAAGCUGUUGGGAGGAUUGAUGAUGAGAGCAAAGCGUCCAGUCAGCACUUACAGAGAGCUUUAGUCCCAUAUGUUUGCCCGCACUCACAGAUAUAAGGCUCAUGCAUUAAUUAAAAGAACAUCCAGGCCUAGAUAUCAGGAUUACAUAUGGAUUUACUCAUAAAAUACCCAGUAUGAUCUCUUUUAAGAUAAAAAUGCGGUGCAGAAGUGCAGAAAGAUGGACUGUCCUCUUGUGGUUUGUUGUUCCCCUCAGAAAGGUGCAGUGCAUGUGGCAGAGGAGGGGAUGACAGUGGUGGUCCAACUGUCUAGCUGUCAUUAAAAAGAUGCUGUUCAAUUCAAAUGAAAAGCCCUUUAAAGGUUUUUUAGUUAAAAAUGGAUUUGGUUUAGGCCAGAAUUAACUGCACCCAAUUAGUUCUCAAAGCAGUAGUCUUCAAACUGCUCUGACAUUUUGUCAAAACAAUGUUUGAAUCUUUGCUGAUAAGCAAAGUUAACAAUUAACAGUCUGAACUUUGUUUUAAUAUGCAAAAAGGAACGUGUGGAAGAGGAAGAGCAGUCCUUAUUUGCAUCAACAGAGGACAGCUCAGAUGACACACACUUUUGUCCUUAGAGAGAAAAUCUGCAGCUUCAGAGGACUGAAAACACAGAGGCACCAAACAAAUUAACUUCCUCAAUUUGAAUUAUCCUCCACAAAGCCAGAGUAAUUUUAUUUUUGAAGCACAUUUCACAAACAGAGAGGAAAGUAAGAGGAAAGUAUUGGAAUGCCUUUUUAAUUAAAAAAUAAGUAGUCAUAAAGCUAAAAUGGAGUGAAUGGAAAUGGAUUUAAAUAUUGUAGAAAAGUUAGGAACAAGCAGAAAAAGAAGCUCAGCCUGUUCCUGCUGCUUUUUAAAAGUAUUAGUGAGUUGGAAUAGCCCUUUUUGGUCAGGAAGGUUUCUAAUUCAAUGAAACUGAGAAGUGUAAGAGUGUCAGCCAUGAUCAGGGCUACUCAAAUACUCAUAACAAUACAGAAAAGAGCUCCACUGUGACUUUUAGUCACCUUUAGCACGGGAUUCUCUGGGCUAGAGCUUGGCGAUUUACCAUAUUUUAGUUUUGAUGACAGUUUUCUGUUCCCCAUGAUCAUAAAAAAUAAUAAACCACAGUGAACGAUGAUUAUUGUGCCUCCUGUAACGUCCUAAUGAGGCACACCCUCACUCUUGUCCUUGUUCUUGUCAACCUGCUGAGUGUAACAGCCAUUGUCUUUUCCUAAAAAACAUCCCGGUGAUGUUCCUGAUUGGCCUUGGAAAAUAAACAGAAGAUGAUAAAGACUGACUUAAGGUCCUUGAACACUGGGAGCGAUUUCGUGUGAUUAUUUCAGAUGUCAAUUUUUUUUACGAACCCAUAUCCUGUCAAUACAAGCGUUCACAUCUGCAACAUUUUCCCGUCCUGCGAUAUUGCGGCAUUUCUUUUUUCGUGUCACGGUCGAAUUUUCUAAAGUUUCGCAUACUGUGUGUCCACUUCCGACCAAUCAGAUUUCGCAUUGUUGCAACGACAGAUUCACCGAAAUAUCCAACAUGGCCGACUGGCUGAUUGUUUAUGUGUCGGAGAACAGAGUGCUUUUUGAUAAAAGACACAAACAUUACAAAGAUAAUGACCUGAAGGACAACUUGUGAAGAUUCAUAGCGUUGGAUUUCUCAUAUGACGAUGGUUUGUGUGCAUUAACAGUUCGCUAAACGUCUUUGUUUUAACUUUCAUCUGUGCUAAGUGACUUUAGCUCGUAAGCUAACCUGUUCAGGUACAACAUACCAUAUGUUUUUUCACUGUCUCAAACUCAAUUGUGUUGCUGUCACAGCACCGUUACGUCUAGGUUGUUACCUUACGUUUAUGGAUUAUAGUUUCAUGUGCUUAUCUGGUACUGGCCCCGACUCAGUACAUGCUAUCAUGACAGACAGACAUCUCAACACUAGUGUCUAAUCAGAACUGAAAAACAGUCAGUCUGGUGUUGUCUCAAUCUUCCUGAUUCCACCCAGGACGCGUCUCCCCCCCCGCGGAAAGUCGCAAAAUCGCAUCGCGCUUGAUGUGUAUUGUCAGGCGCGUCAAAAUUCACCUCAAAAUUCAAAAUUCAAAUAUUUCGUAAUUUCGUGUCGUAUAUUUGUGCCGUUCCUGGUGUGUAAGGACCUUUUAGGGGGUACGUUUUCAAAUGUACUCUAGAACUUGCAUUUUCCAUUAUGUCUUAAAAAGGUAAAUAUCCGUUUCAAGUUAAAAAACACAAAAUGAUGUUUCAAAUUUUUUCACAGAUGAUGAUCUUAAAUAUCUAAGCACUGUGCUGGCUGCAUUUUGCCAUCAAUUACUCUUGUUUCACGAAUGAAUUUGCUGAAUUUUUAUUUCUUCCUGGUUUCCUAUAACUUCCUCAUUGCUGGAGGUUUGCACAACCAUCCAGCAGUAAAUUUGUGUGUAACCAAAUGUCUCGUGCCUGAUGAAUAUCUGAAUGCAAAACUGAGAAAUGAAAACAAACAGAAAAGAGUCUGUUACUGCACACAGUGUCAACUUGUCAACUCUGAAAAUUUCCCACCCACAUAUCUCUACCAGCGUUUAAAAGUCAGGAGGAGAACAGUGUAAAUACACAUGACAGGUGUAGAGCACUAACACCCAGCAGCUGAAAACCUACAAUAAAAGGACACCUGUGGAAAAGAGGAAGGAGGUAGAACAUCUAUGCAAAUAAAUCACCAUACAUAGGAAGCUAAGGUAGCAUGAGCAGUUUCAGAAACAAUGUGUCGGAUGUGUGAUUUUAUGCCCUGUUAAUUUGAACGGUCUAUCUUUGAAGUAUAAGCAUUGUAAAAUACUCACUUUUCUGUUUAACCACUUUGUUAUCAUUAACUGCUCACCCUCUGUACUAUAUAAUCAUGUCACUCAAUCCCUGAUUAUAGGGAUGGUAAGGGAUAGGAUUUUAUUGACUCAUUAUUGACUGUACUUAUUUGUCCAAGUCUUUAUUAAUUCCCUUAUCAAUUUCUGAGUGGAAAAAUACAUGGACUUCGUCUGUGAAUUUUAUUGAAGGGGCAGACCAGUUAUCUGCCUCGGUCGGUUAGUAGGGAUUAUCCAUAUUGCCCUUUUAUUUUACUAAUGGCUGAUAAAGUUGGUGAACUAAAAAGAGCAGUAGUCAAGUUUCACUGCUGAUGUGUUUCUUCUCGAUCUGUUUUCCAGCAGCUCUUUGUCUCUCUAAAGUCUGGCUCACAGCAGCUAGGUGUCACCUGAUGGUGUAAUGGAACUGUAUUGUUAGUCUAACUGAGGUAACUUUUUACUUUCUUGUGCAUAUGGAUAUGGUGUUAAAUAGGAUGACCAUACAUGUCUGGCCUUGUAUAUAAAAUCCUUCAAAUGUCUGGGGUUUUGUAUGGAAGUUUUGAGUUUGUGUCGAGUGGACUUACUGUGAUAGAAGCAUGUAAAAAACACUCGACUCGACCCGAAAAACUCUCGAGAUUUACCGUACACAACUCUGUGACUCCGUCCCGCACAGUUGUGUCCUCUUUUUGGGGAUUCAGAAUAUGGUCACCCGAGUGUUAAAUGUUUUGGUUCUUCGUUGAAUUUUCUCUAACAUAAAUCUUUGGUUUGUAAACUUAAUAUUCCAAAUUCUAAAUGUUCAUAGAAAGUUUUUCAUUUUGACUGUCAAUGCAUAUUUGUUACAAAUAUCAGCAAUCAGCAGUCCCCUGAUCAGGACUUUAAAGGUAAGGUUAUAUGGUCGAUGAUUGGUUGACCAACCAAAACAAAAAUGGCGGCCUCUAUCGUAGCAUAACCAGCCAUAUACAAAACGAGUACCUUUAUUUUUGAUGGACUGGAUCCAGACUGCCUACGAAAACACACCUUUCCUCUGUGGGAUGGAAAAGCCCCUUAAUGUUGCAGAAACACACAAAGUUUACUGUUAGAAAACUGCCGCUCUCAUGAAGAUAGUGAAAUCUACAGUUUGUCGGUUUGUCAUCCUGUUCUACUUUUAGAGCUGAUAUUGUAAGCACGACUACACGUCAUUUACCACAGCAGUUGGAUGGUCAUGAUUACUUUCUUGUUUCCUUGGUUGUGGUUUUAGUUGCCUCUUGUGAACUUCAGCAGAUGGUGCAGAUGAGGUAUUCGAAAUGGAGGAUUGGGGCGCUGCUCUUGUUGUCUAGUUUUUCUAUUGUUUGGACUGUUUUGUGAAGAAUAUAUCAAGGUGAACUGAAACUGGAACUGUUUUUCGCAACUUUGUGGUUAAUCAUAAUCGCCAUCUUACUCGACAUCCACAAUUGUAGUCAUUGUGGGCAUUCACAUCACCUCAUCACACUACAAUAUACAUGGGAGCUCUUUCCAGGUGAUGACCCACUGGUUCAUCAUCUGGAAAAUAACCUCAUCUACAGAAAUAACGAGAGUUUUAAAAAUGCUAAAACACGGAAGUAGGUCAGGAGGGGUGGGGUUCGUGUGAGACUACGGCGACAGAAAACGAAUCACCUUCCACCGCCAACGAUCAUGCUGCCAAACGUUCAGUUCCUCUGAAACAGAACUGGUGAGUUUCGGGUUAACUACUCCAUUCAGGCAAGUGGAGAAAUACCUGUGUGCAGGCCUUGACUGAAACAUGGCUUUCCAACAAUGACAGUGACAAUGACGGCUUAGAGAUUGAAAGGUCACGGGUUUUGAGCCAACUGAAAGCAACAGUGACUUCAGAAGAAAUCCUAAAGAAGAAGGGUUUGUUUCUUCAUGAACAAACGGUGGUGCAAUUGCAGUGGUGCAAUAUUGUCACUGUAAAAGAGACAAUACUUAAAGAGAGUCUGGAAGGGUACAUAAGUCAUGAAAGUCACAAAGAAGCUGUGGGUUGGAUGGUUUUAAAUCAUAAGGAUGUAGCAGAUAAUUUCAGUUAUUCUUAGAUUUGAUAGUUAAGAUUGUAAAGACCAAGUUGAACAGAUAAAACUCAAUACUGGCUACACACCCCAGAAUGAUUUUGAUUUUCGGCAGAACUAAAACUAAGAAGAGCCCUGAUCCUGAUAACAUCUCUAGUCAUCUUUUCAAACCGCUGUGCAGACCAGCUGUCUCUUAUUUUUCAUCUCCUCUUCAAGUGCUCCUGGAACAGUAAAAGGUUCCUGCACUUUGGAAGAAAUCAAUAAUUGUGCCAGUGGCAAAAAAACAGUCUCCAAACUGCAUCAGUGAUCUCAGACCGGUGACCUCUUCGCUCAUUAAGGCAUUCGAAACACUGAUCAAGUGAGAGUUGGUCAGUGCUGUGGGGGACUCACUGGAUAGAGGGGUCCAUGAUGUUGUUUUAACUUUUUCUAACUUUCCUUUAAAACACUGUAAGUUUUAUAUGGACUUUUAUUUUGCCACUGAGUAAUCUCUUUUUUAUGAAACUGGAACAUCAUUAAAAUCGCCCUGAUUGGACCCUGAAUGGCAACAGCGUGUGCAAACUGCGGAGUGAGUUAUGUGUACACAGUCAUUUGAUCCUCAUAUUAAAUAUUAACUCAUGCAGCUUAGGUGAAGUUAAUUAUUUUACAGGUAAGGUAUCCAAACGCGGGGUCAUGCUGGAACGAAACAAAUUCUUUUUUUAGGCGUGGACACAAAAUUCCUAAAUUAAUUAAACUAAGAGUAAACGUAGUGUACAGCCGAUGGUAACCAAACAUGACUGAGUCAUACAGUCUGUUUGUCUCCAGCAGCAGCAGCAGCAGUAGUGAAGUGUUUGACCUAGAUCUGCUCUGUCUUUGAAUGAUAGUCUUACAGUAAGCUGGACAGAACACUCUGACUGUGUAUCUAUGGAGACUGCAGAGAGACGAGCAUUCAGAGACACAGAUUUAAAAUGAAGUGAGAGAGAGAGAGGGGAAAAAAAAGACAUCAUGCAAAGAGAUAGAGAGUAUGCACGACAAAGAAAGCGAGGGAGGAAGUGAAAGAAAAGAGAGAGACAGAGUGUGUUAGAGAUUAAGGAUGAAGGAUGAAGCUGCUGACUGAUAACAGAGCGUGCAAAUUUGUAACACAAGAUUAACUGACAGCUAAAUGAAUUAUAAAUGCUAUCUGUAAAGUCUAAUAGAGCAGCAACUGGUCCACAGAGACCAGGCUCUGAGGACAGGAGGGGUCAGAUGUAAAUCCUGUGAGGUAACUGUGCUGCGGCUCGUCCUCUAGAAGAGCAGCUUUUAAUCUCUUAGUUCUUGUGGUUCCUGGUGGUGCAGGGUCUGUGUAGAAAGAGUGAGUCGAAAAGUCGGCUUACCAUUUUCAUUUUAUAUUUAGACACAUAAUCCUCCCCUCAGUCUGUCAAAAUAGAUGCUGAAGGCUCCACAGAUUGGUGAAUAUGAAACAACAUUUAUGAUAUUUAGUAGGGGUGGGCCAAAGCGUUGAUUCUUUGAUGUAUCACGAUGGAACAAGAGAAGAUCAAUUACGUUUAACAAAUGUUCAAAAAUUGAUUAUUUCCCAUGAAAGUGAAAUUACAGAAACAUCCAGAAGUUGGCAGCAACGAAAAAAGCUGCUUGGACAGUUUUAAGGGACCGACUCAUGACAGACUGUUAGCCAGAAUAGCGGCAGCUAACUCGCUGACUACUGUCACUUAGUGUAAGGGUUCACACUUUCGGGUUCGAAAUCCAGCGUGCCGAGGCAUUUCAUGUGAAGGAUUUUAUUCAUUCUGAUGUCUCUCUGUUCCCCGCCAAUUAUUUUUAUUUAAAGGCAUGGUUGAUGAUCUGAGAAGCAGUUGAAAAAAACUGAGCCGUUGAGGCGGAUUUGAAAAAUGCGUCCCGCACCCCACACACAAACUUCUCCCCUCUGUGCUCCACGGUAACUCCCCCCUGAACCUGUAUCGCCCUCCCCACGACACACCCCCUCUGGCAGAGCAAGCAGAAGAUCCUACGCUAGUUUCAAAUGGGAUUCACCAUGUCGAGUUGCUAGUGACUAGUGGCAGGAAACGCCAGCUCUGCUAGCGAGCACCGUCUGCAGCUGCCUGGACAGCUACCGUUUUGACAUUGCAGAGACUAAUAAGAGUUAUUUAUGUAACGUGUCACGAUAAAAGGCAGAAAUUACCUGUUCAACAGGCAAAACAGGUAAUUUGUUUUGCGUCCUUCUCCAUCAGAACUCCUGUAGCUAAGCUGCUAUGCUACAUUUAGCCGCUCAGAGCUCCGAGGAGGGCCGGGAGAGUGGGAGGGGAUGAGUCGGAACUAUGGGAAAGGGGUGUGUCGAAUACAGCGAGGUGAUUGGAUGGAGAGACAGAUUUUUCCCAUUCUUUUUUCUCUUCACUUUGUGAAGAUCGCACUAUAGAAAGAAAAUCGCUGUAUAAAUGAUGUUCAUAAUAAUUACCAAUCUCUCCAAUCGUCAAGCAAAAUUUGUUAUCGUGACAGGCCUAUGGAUAGCAAAAUGUUGGGAUGCUAUUGAAUACUUUGUUUUAAAGUCUUUAUUAUUACUGAUGUUGAGUUAUUAUUAUGACUUCAUGUUAGAUCAGAUUAUAGCUGACUGAACAAGCUAAUAGUUUAUGUUAUAAGAGUGGCUUUUUGUUGCGAAAAAAGUGUUGGAUCAUUCAGGACCACACUGGUGUAGUAGUGCUGCAUUUACUGUAUAUGAAUCUAAAAAUGACUAAAUAAUGGAGUUUUAAAAGUGCUGUCAAAAAUUUAAUUGUCAUAUCACAUCUCAGACACUGUUUCAGUUUAAAAUCUCUUUAUAAAGUUUUGAAAUUGGAUCUGAGCAGGCUUAUGUUCACUUUUUCUAGCAGAGGACUGCUUUAUCUUCAAAUACAGGAGCGUCGAAUCAGACAUACAGUACCUCACUGUUGGUAGUUUACAACUAAAAAUGUGUUUUUACUUCAUCUUUUGGUGAGAUAAACAUGUCUCCUUCAUUCAGCCCUCUUUGGUUCCCAUGUCCCAGCUUGGGAUUUGAAAAAAGUCACCCUUCAAGGCCAUAAUGUCUUCCUUCUUAAAUAAAAUAUUCAUACUUAUUCUUAGUCCCUGGCUGCAUCAUCAUCAUCACAGAAUGUUUGUGUGAAAUGAAGGCACUAAAACAGGGACUGCAGCGCUAAAAAGGCCGAUGAUAAGUUUGUGUUCUCCUUUUUUAAUGCAUCUCUAAAAGUCUUAUGUAAAAAAGCAGGAAGGAAAUGGUUUGAAAUCAGAAAGUAAAAGUAAAAGAGGAGCAUCUCAUAUUUUCACAGGAGUGUAUCCAGUGUUUUCAUUGUGUUUAAAAUUUCUGCUCUGUCCAGAUUAGAUGUGACUUUGAUUUAAAGCAGAGGGAUUUCUCUGUUAUAAAACGAAUCCAGCUCAGAUAACUCACACAGUCACGGUCACACACAGCAAUAAGCAUUUUUCAUUAUGGUCCAUUGUGGUGCAGAACAACCGUUGGCACAGAGUCGGCCAGUACGCUUGGCUGCCAGUCUGUGCCAACAGCAGGAUUCAGCAGUGGCAGCAGCAGAAGUUGGUGCUGGAAAAAGAGCCUCUGACAGCUCAUGAAUAAUUGAGAACUUCCUCCUUUCUCCAGGGAAAUGCAGCAGAGACAGUCUUAGAUUAAAUCCACAGAUGAGAUGGAGAGAAGAAGAAAAGGCAGAGGAGAGAGAAGGGAAUGACUGGUUGUAGGGUUAAAUGUGGCGUUGGUUCACAGCUCAGGGAAGGAAAAUAGAGGAAGUUUAGGGGCUGUGAGCAGUUUUUUAAACAACUGGCUUCUAAAAAUGCUCAUGAUCCAUUAAGUUUGAUUACAAAUUUAGAUGAGUUAAGCCUAAAACCCACAUGAUGCAUGUUGGCGCAUUCGUUCCCGUUAUAACCAAUGCAGCAUUGCACGCAGGAAGCGGCUCAGCUCCAUCCCAGAAGCAUCUCUAGUGCUGCUCUGCCAAAGAUACACGCACCCAGCAUGCAUCAAUCUCAACAUAGAAGAUCGUCCGAGACAGGAUGUCAAACACAGAAGAGGCAUAUGUCUUACGGUGAAGCCCAAAAUUAAAAACGACUGUAUCAGUUCGUUGUUUUGGUUAUGGAUUUAUCAUACAGACACAGAACAACCCAAGAUCAUUUACCAAAUGAUUCAUAUUUUUUUUCCUGUAAGAGCAGCCAUACUUAGUCUGUGCUGUUUCUGGUUUGUGCCAGCAGAGCGUGGCACUAGGUCCUCUUCAUGUUGGAUGACUGUCAUGAUGCACCGUGUGUUCACCAAGUCAUGGUUAAAUAAAUGUUCGAGUGAAACUUCACAGUGCCCUAUUAUUUCCACUGAUAUUCAGGUGAUUGAUAAGAGUUUCAACCAACUAGUUACAAACCCAAUGACCUGUCCCCAAUCCGUCUUAAAGGGAUAUUCCUGCAUAAAAUUGUCGACCGCUUGCUUCUCUUGUUAUACCAACUUUGGUAACGACCGCACACUAGCAAUACACAGCAGUCUGUGGAGCCAUAAACAAACCUCAACCAAAAAGCUACUCUAUAGCCACAAAUAACGCUCAGAACAGCACCUAACUUCAUCAACAGUAGGGUCGUAAAUGUUCUUCCUUGAGCUGUGUCACCCCUCUGUAGUCCGUAAUGGACUGGCCCGAGGUCUUGCUACAAACAAGCAGCUGCUGGAAGAGAGUAGGUGAGUUGUGUUUAGUCUCUUUGCUAAAGAAAUUAGGCAAAGUUAAAAAGAUGUUUGGUGACUAGUGCUAUGUCUGGGACCCUAUAUGUACUGUUGAUGAAGUUAGGUGCUGUUCUGAGCAUUAUUUGUGGCUACAGAGUGGCAUUUUGUUUGAGGUUUGUGUAUGGGUGCUCAGACUGCUGUGUGUUGCUAUCCUGCGGUCGUUACUAAAGUUGGUACAAUUAGAGAAGCAAAUGGUCAGCAACAUUCAUCUCUCGAGGGGGUGUCUAACUUGAUAGUACGGUGUGUUUGAUCCUAAAUUAAUUUUACGCCAGAAUAUCCCUUGAACCACAACAGAACUUUUAGCUGCUAACUCUAUCAGAAGGUAACCCCACAGCAAAUUGGAACAUAGUUUACUAAACACGAGUGAACCAGCAAAAAGCACUACAGUCACAAAAUAAUAUACAAAUUAGCAGGAAAUCGAUCACUAAAGACAAAACAACCUGUUGCGAGAAUGUUGUUUUCUGUACGCUGAGUUCAGCUGACCGAGGCUGCAAUCCGCUGCUUCUACGCUCAAAACAUUAUUCCUCUGGGGGAUGACGCGCGCCGCCUAACUUAGCCUAAACGUGAUGCUGACGGAUUCUGUGGUUUUCCGGCUUUAGUGCUUCUAUCAGUUCAGUUCAUUCUGACUCAUCAUGCAGAUGAAUCUGACGCUUCAGUUGACAGUAACAGCAACAUUUACUCACUGCAGGCUCUGCACAGUCAAUAAGGUUUACUGCCGUUGACAAAUUAAACAGACUGUAGGAGUGUGCUUAUGGAGGAGGAGUUGUUUCCUCCUCACAGUUUUUUAAUAAAGAGGGAAGUUUAUCUGAACGACAGAGGUAAAUGAUCCCAGGCCAUGAAUGCAAGACGGUAUUGUCAGAAGAUCUGGCUGCCCUGCAUUAAAAGAUAUGAAUCCUCUUUGAAAAUUUCAGAUAAUCCAGUGGUUCCCCAACUUUUUCUGCUGGGCCCUUUGGUAGAUGAAAAUCGUUUCAGGCUCCCCCUACCCCUGACCAUACAUAUCAUCAUGUAAAUGAAAAAUAUCAGUUUGUGACACCGUCCAUCACAAAACUGCAAUUGUUUUAAGAAUAUACUUUAAUAAGGCAUCAAACUUCUGUAGAAGCUUCUUUUAAAUUCUGAAUUUCUGAGGGUGCACAAUUUCCUGUAAAUGAAAACUUAGAGAACAUCUUUAAAAUGUGUUCUUCCAGCCCAGCAAGAAGUCAGUGGCUGCAGUGAGCUUGUUUUAUGCCACAGAUCUUCCCCAGUCUUGGGUGCAGCUGUGAGACUGUCACUCUCAGUUAGUUUUCAAUGUCCAAUGUCUCAAUGUUUUGAUCUGCACUCGGUCUUGAUGGAGGCGACUGUAGAACGUAGGAUGUGGCAAAAGGGAGGAGUGAAAAGUCAAGGCUCUCCUGCCCAGCGUUGCGUACUUCGUCUCCAAUAGAAAAUACUUUUGGAAAUGUGUUUUAAGGGCAGAAAUGUGAUUAAUCAGGCACGGUAAUACUGUUUUCUGCAGCUUGCUAAACUCAAUAAAGGAUUUCAAGCUUAAAUGAAUCUAUAUUACCUCCUGUAACUCCCUGCUCCCACAUCUCCACUUCUCUUAUGAAUGAUGUGAUUUUAUCUUCCAGCUGUGGGAGGUGUGUCUUGGUGUUAUCACAUGUCACUUGAAACACACUUUGAAGCUUCAUGAAGAAGUUAUCUUUACACUUAUGGGCAAGCUCAUUACACUCCUCCUACAAAAAGCUUAUACUAUGAAAAUUAUAAUGACUAUAAUGCAGAUCUUUUAUCUAAGGACAGACUAGCAAAUAAGACUUUAUCAUAAUAAACAAAAGUAAAACAGAAGGCACUGGCAGACAGAGAUGCUCUUUAGUAUAAAAGUUGACAUAUUGGAUGAUUCACAGAAAAGUUGGUGUGUUGCUUUAAGUGGCAGUAAAGCCUGUCAGUGUCCUGCAGAGGAACAAGUAACAAGGACAGCAGCUCCUGUCUGUACUGACACAUCCUGUCUCCCUCUGCUCUCUACCUGUCUGCUCAGUACUCUGCACGUCUGUGUGUGUCCAUGUCACCCUGGAGAGAUGACUUUGUCCUCACACAGCGGAAGUUUGAGACAGCGUAGUGACACAGCAGGAAUACGGAUGUCACAGUUGGAGGAAAUAAGAACCCUCUAUACACCCUGAUGUUAAAUUUUGUAGGUGUUUGUGCAGGUGUGUGUGUGUGUGUUGACUAGUUAAAGAUUUAACCCUCUACAUUUGCAUCGAUCAUUACUGCCUGUUCUUUCUGCUCUUGAGCUUAAAAGUAUUUUGGUAUGAUAUUUUUGGUAUGAUGAUAUUUUUGGCUCAGUCACAACAGGACAUUCUCUGUUAAUGUUCUGCAUUGAAACUGUUUAAGAGUUUACUCCAGCUGCUGUUGGUUUAUCUUACUCUUAUGCUACUCUCAGGUAUGAAAAAUAAUAAGGCUUUGGGAAACCUACCUCUACAAAUGGCAGAAAAAAAUAAGAAAGAUAAAACAUUUACUUUAAAUUAAUUAUGCAUCAUUUCACGAACAGUAAAAUAAGCUAUAAAUUUUAACACCCUCUUAGUAGCAAUAAAAAAUGACAUUAUCGACCAGGAAAGAUCCUGACAGUCUCCCUUCUUUAUCUUGAUUUCUUUUCUUUUUCACAUUUUUGUAAAUGUCUGUGAUUGGAACAACAAAAAGGAGGAAAGUGAUUAUUGAAAUUUCAAGUGUAAAGUCAUAAGACCACGAGAAUUAAGCUGGAAGGAAUAAGGUUACUUUUCUCUAUUGUAUAUGAAAUUUUGAGAUGAUAAUGGGUGCGUAUUAUGUGGAAUCUUCAUGCCAGAGUGGGUGAUAUCAUCGGCUAGAGUGAGAGAAGUUGCAUGAAAUUGUCAGAAACGUUUCUCUUUCCAUGCUCUUCCCAGCCAGAUUACAUACACUGAUUACAACACAAUGUGUUUCUCUAAGACUUACAGAACUUAAAUACUGAGUCUCUAAGUGCAGUGAUGUCUCUCUCUAACCCUCAUUGAUGCUAAUACAUAGAUUUUCUAAGAGAAGCAGAAGGGAAAGCGUGAAAGCAUCCAUGGAGUCCUCAUGAUGACCACAGUCUGCUUUUUUUUUGCAAUAGGAACUAUCGUUUUGUCAGAAUACACCCGGAUGUGAGACCAGCAAAGAGGCCAAAAAUCCCUCUUUUUCUCAUUUUGACUGCCUCAGCCUGCGGUGCGUCUAUCGCCACAGGCAAUCACCCCAAGUUGCCGUGGCAACCUGUAGGCCUCAGGCCAGGCUCACAGCUGAUACCAAUUCACUAAUUAGGGACUUCUCUGACAUCACUGCAUUACUGAAUUACUUUGAGAGUAAAUUGAUCAAAGAUGAAAUUCUGACUCUAAAUCAAAAACCUUAUCAAGGCAACGGUGGAAAUGCACUGAGGCACUAAUUUGCCUGGAGGCACUAUUGGUAUAUUGUAGAUUUUUUUCUUAUUCUUCUACAGGACAAAUUUCUAUUUGUUGCUAGUCCUACAUAUCAAAACGUGCGAAAACGGUUCGACUGGGAUCAGUUCGACUGGGAUCAGUUUUCCAUUACUGUUUCCAAUAUGUUGCGAAAAAACUUUUUUUAAACACUGAAGUCAACGGGACAAGCAAAAAAAAAAGAAAAAAGAAAAGAGCAAAUAUUCAAGGUUUUCAGAGGCCUGCUGUCGGCUAAGUCUUUUUUUUUUUUAAGUGUUUGUUGUAGGUGUGCUCCUAUAAUACCACAAUGCUACUAGUAUUAAUUCUUUUAAAUCUCUGAAGAAUCUCAUCAUAAUGUACACACCCCUGCAGUAGUCCUUGUAGCCCUUUCAAAAUUUCCCAGAAGGAAUUUUCUAGUUUAACAUACGAUACAUACAAAUGAGCAGUGAGAAUGUGUUAAUAAUUCAACAGAGAGAGCGAUCCUUUGUGUCACACAGCCUGCUGUAUGUGUGAGGGUAGCAGACUAUAAAAAGGGACUGAGGUGAGGAGAGAGGUAGAACUAGUUCAUACUAAUGACUUACAUUAGAGUGACCAUACGUCCUCUUUUACUGGGACAUGUCCUCUUUUUUGGGGGCUGUCCUGUCUCUCUGGCCUUGUCUAGGGGAGUUUAUAAAAUCCUUUUAAUGUCUGUGGUUUUGUAUGGAAGUUUUGAGCUAAUGUCACAUGGAUUUACUCAGCUAGAAGCAUGUAAAAAACACUCGACUCGACCCGACUCUGUGACUCCGUCCAACGUAGUCAUGUCCUAUUUUUGGGGGAUUCAGGAUAUGGUUACCCUAACUUAGCAAGGUUCUCUGACGGGUCCUGAUUAAAAAGGUAUCAAACUAGACUUUCCUCUGCAACACUUACAUCUCAUCACACACAAUUGUACACACACUGUGUAGUGACUCCAUAGACCUAAGUGCAUUUCCUUUAUCAGUCACCUUAUCACUGUAUUGAUCCUUAACAUGCCAGGUAGGGUUCCCUGGAAAAAUCUUUACCCACUUCCUUUUAUCAGUCAGAUGUGCCACUUCCUGAAAAUCUACAUCAUGUAAAUAAAGGUUAAUCUUAAUCCAUUAUCCAUUUUAAUCCAUUAUCCUCUUUUCGUCUCAAACUCAGUCUUGAAUUUCCUCUUCAACCUGCUGCUAAAAGAUCGUUAGUACCUUGUUUUUAGAUUCUGAAGGAGUCAUCUAUGUAAAGUUUGUCAUCACAAUGACUGAGGUCUGUUGAAAAGUCAACCAACUCCAGAGAACUUCCUGCUGACUCUUUUUGACAUUACAGUGUGCAAAACAGCGCCUACAAAUGAAAUGGCCCUUUUUCUACCCGUUGUGUGUGUGUGUGAUUGUGUGUGUGUGUGUGUGUAAUGUCCACCCUCACACUCUGACUGUGCCCUCUCUAACAUUGGCUCCAUUGUGAUCCUAAAUGUUUUGAAUGACAUCACUUGAGUGCAGCACAGAGAGGAAUAAUAAAGACGCCACAAUACACAGAGCCUUGUGAUAGUCUGUCUGUGUCUGUGUGUCUGUUUUUGUGGUAGAAUGGCGUCAAACUGUGAGCGUCAUAUUAGUGUACAUUGUGUUGUUGCUAAUGGGGGAUGAAUCAAAUUAACAUUUAAAGUGUUUUAUGCGUGACUGUGAUCACUGACGAGUGAAUUUAGAAUUUUUUUUUUAAAUCAUUGUUGUCGCUCUUUGACUUUGACUUCUCUAUGUAGUUUGGUGUAAUCCCAGACAGUGAGAAGACAUUUUUGUUGCAUUUGCUGGUGUUUACAAGUGUUUUCUUCUUUUUUUUUUUUUUGGUUGAAUUUAAGGUUAGACCGAUUAGGGGCCAUUUGGCCAAUUAUCAGGGCCAAUUUUUGUCAUUGGCCAACUAUCCGUAUCAAACCUUGUAUUUUAGGUCUGUUUUCACUCACCUCUCUGUCUCAGCUAAUGUCCCACCCACAGCACUACCUGAUUGGGUAGACAUCACAGAACCAUGAGACUCAUUAACUGAUAACUAUUAAACACUUGUUUGAGUUAAGAGUUUGUUGUAGUAUUGUAAAUCCUAAAUUUUGGUGGAAAGUCUCUUGUUUUUAUCGUUAAUAUUGAUUUCAAUUACCAGUUCCCAGUAUUCUGAAGUUUUUCAAAAAAUGUGAUAUCAUCAUGAUGUUUUAUGGCCACAGUCAAUGUAAGGCCACAGGCGGAAAGAAGGAAAAAAAAGCGGAAAAUCUUGCCACAAUCAUUGAGUCAAAUGUAUGCAAAUUUCAUUGAAUAUUGUAUUUCCCUUCAGUGAUCAAUAAAGUUUUUAUCUCAACAGCUUAGGACAAGAGAUGCUUUAACCUUUUGUUUUUACUUUGCGAAUCAAAGGAUGUUUUUUGUCUCAUUCCCACAAAUUUAGUUGGUGCAAAGCUUUGUAAUCCAUUUGUGAAUCACACCCAAUGUCUCUAAAAUGUUUGAGUAGUUUUAUACUUUGUGCAUUAUUCCCAGCUCUUCACUGCUGACCUGUAUGAUGAUAUCAAAACAGUAAUUGACCCUUUUUGUUUAAAAGACAAAUGAAUUAUGUUCUGGAGAGUCUGAGGCAUCAAACUGAAUCUCUUUUUUUCUGAAGAUCUCCUGUGUGCUGUAUCACACUGAUGAUUCAUAAUGUGUGUGUGGGCACAGUGUGAAACAUGCAUGAGCAGAUCUGUGAGGCAUGUUCUCUUUUAGAAACACCACUUUCUCUGUGAGCUCUCUGUUUUCCUGGAUUUUUAAUCUGUCCGUGGAGGCUUUGUUUCAAAGAGAUCAUUGUUGUUUAAGAUUUAUCACAUUAGAAAGAUAUAAAACAACAAUCUAAUUUUCCUCUUCUAUGUGGACAGUUCAAGUUCAAGUUUUUACAGUUCAAGCCAGGGCUGCAAAACAAAGAAGUCAGAAAUUGGCAGAACUUUUGGAGAAAAGAUUUUGCAGGUGACAAACACAUUUUACAAACAACAUAUAAACAUGUUUAUAAUGUUAACUUUUAGGACUGGGACAAUAUGCUUUUCUCCUGAUUUGAUUCUUCUACGAUUUUUUGGAUACCGAUUCGAUUUAAAUCGCGGUUCUACGAUAUUGUUGAUUUUCUCAAUUUUUAGUCUGCAUUUUUAACACCAGUGAAACUGUUUAAUGAUUGAUUGUUUACUGACUAUUCCAGGAACCAUAUUUCCCCCCAAAAUAAACAUCACAUGUAAGUCCGUUUUUAAAAUUUAUUCUUACAUUUGAAAAAAAAAAAAGAUUUUUGAACAUAAAAAUUGAUUUAAAACUUGUUAAACAAAAAAUCGCCAUACUUAUGUGAAUCCAUUUUUUCUCCCACCCCUAUUAACUUUAAAGUUUGUGUCUUUAAGCAAUAUACAAUUAUCUUGUCCUCCACAUGCUAAAGUAGUUUAUUCUGACAAAAUAAAACAAGACAAAAAACAAACUAACUUUAAGCAAUCAUAUGUAUCAUUUAUUCUGACCAUUUUAUGCCUAGAUUCUAAAAACAGUGUUGUUUCUUUAGCUGCUCAGCUGACGCCUUCCCCUCCCACCGGUCUGAGGCACCAAAAUGUACAAUUUAAAAAAACAAUAAUCUUGUUACUGGUGGUCUUGUCUGCUGUUACAGGUGCUAUAUGGGAUGUUCCCCAGCCUCACCUGCUGCCUCCUAUCAGUCAGGAAGCUGGUGAUCUGCUAGGUCCACUGCUAGGUGGGGUUGGCCACCUAUCAGUGGAGCUGGGCCAAUUUGUGGUGGAGAAGUUCAGGAAUAAUGGUGUUGAAUGCCAAGCUGAAGUCCACAUACAGGAUCUGAGUGUAGGUCCCCAUGUCCCUGCAGUGUUGAAGUGGAUAUAGUGCAGUCCCAUGUUUACUGCAUCAUCCACUGACCUGUUUGCACGAUAGGCAAACUGCAGGGGGUUCAACAGAGGGCCUCUGAUGUCCUUCAGGUGGCUGAAGUGUCUCGAAGGUUAUCAUGACCACAGACGUCAGGACGACGAGCGUGUAGUCAUUUAACCGCCGUAACGGCUGGUUUCUUGGGGAGUGGAAUGAUGAUGAUUUGGAUUGGUAUGAUUUUUGUGAUCAGGUUGAUCCUGGUGUUGCUUCAUUUGCAGUAGUUUUAGGCUAUGUUUGGUAUGUAUAUUUUUAUAAGAAGGAAUAUCAAAUGGGCAGCCUGUGCUUUACUUAAGAACAGAGAGCCUGUUUCACAAAAAUCUUGUAAUGAUGCAAGACACUUAACAGUCUGAACCUUUAAGAGACAAAAAAUGAGCUUUUCGUGGACUUUAAUCAUUUAUUAAAUUGAUCAUUGAUUAUGUUGCCACUAGUACAGCCUGUUGCACAGCUUCCAUCAAUCUACUUGAGAAAAUCUAAAACUUUGUGCACCUACCAGACAAAAAUAGAACCCAGAAUAAAACAUUCACUUUUUGCAAGUCAGGCAAGGAAGUAAUCUGAGGUUAAAGGAUUUGCUUGAACUUGCUUGAACUUGCUUUAACACUCCACCAGGGAGACCACAGCCGUUUGAGAACUCCAUGAAGACUUGAAUUUAUAAAAAUCUCGCUGUGAUCUUUUAUAUCUCCCUGAAUAUUCAUGGGUAUGACUCAUGUUUGAGUAAUAAUUGUCAAGGAAGGGUCAGACAGGUCAAUUAGUUUUCCAGGUGGUCACAGAGAGGUGCAGCGAUCAGUCUGCUCGGUAUUUGUCUUUGAAGGUGGUCACUACGUCAGAUUAGACCUCCACAGUCAUAAAUUCUUGCUGUCUUGGCACAGUAAUGUUAUCUCUCCUCCUCUCCUCUCCUGCAGUCUAAAUCUGAUUUAUGAACAUCCACUUCAGGGCGUCUGCUGCACGUCCAGGUCAGAGUCUGCCUUCCUGAUUGGAUUUUUAACCACUGACGGUUUUCAUCUUAUAUACCAAGAAAUAGGAAUAACCAGAGACAGAGAGCAAAAUUGUGAUGUGAAAAUGUUUACUCGGUUGAGUUCACUCUGCACUUUAGGUAUUGAUCAGACAUAAAUUGUAAGCUUGUGAUCAGGAAGAGAGACUGACUGUGAAAAUGUUUUGGCAGCAGAUUCUGCAUGUUAAGCACACCAGAAAUCCUUCACACUCUGGAGUAAUAGAUCGAUACGUGAUAGUGGGCAAUCUAUUCCAGAGUGAUCCAUGAGCGAAGAGAUGGGAACUGACAAGCAGAGGUUCACUGUAAAGAACUAUAAUCGAGGUUCACCUUGUAGCAGAACUGCAGCACUGACAGUAGUUUGGGAUUUUGCAGGAGUCAAUCAAUAAACAGUAAAAUAAUGUUUGUGUUCUGCUUAUUUUUUUCUUAUAGUGGGUGUUGGCCUUUGAGAUCUUCAUCCCGCUGGUCCUCUUUUUCAUUCUGCUUGGUCUGAGGGAAAAGAAGCCGGCCAUUCCUGUCAAGGAAGGUAAACAAACAUGUCAGGACAUGGAUGGAGACAGCAGGGGGAUAAGUCUGAUGAUCAAAACCACUUUAUUAAAGAAUAGUUGUUACUUUUAUGGAUAGGGCUCAUCAAAACGUAACCAAAAUCAAACACAGGAGGCGCCAAAAUUGAUGCAAACAAAAAAUCAGGUGAUUUGCCACACCUCUACAGGAAUAGUUUGGUAAGGGUUACGGGCAAAACCCACUCCACUGCAGAUUGGCUCCGGCCGCUGGAUCGUAUCAGAUAUGCAAGGCUUCUAUAUUUGCCAGACGCCGAAGCACAGUGCAUCAAUUUAGUGCAGUGCAGCACGAGCAGCAGCGGAAGUUGUAUGCGGUAAAAUAUCCGAUUAAUUUUCAAAAUAAAAUAAGGUCAAUACGUUGAACUGUUCUUAACUUGGUAAUAGGAGAGGCCAGGGUUGUCGGAUGUGGAUGUUUAUAUACACCGCCGUUUAUAUACACCAAUCGGUGGAUCCCAGUCUAUGACUCCCGGGGAAACACGCGAGAGCUCGUGAGAUUUCAUCCAGUCUCGCGAGACAAAAGAGUCUACCUCUUAUUUAAGCGCCCGUUAUUCCGCCAGAGUCUCCAGUAUUUACUUUGUUUUCUUGCUUGUGUUGGUAGUCGUGGCACAAAGGAAGAUUCAGACAACUUUUCGUACUUUCUGGUUGGUUUCUACUGUCCGAUAUUGUAGCACGCUAACUUUGUUUGGGCUCGUGAACGACACGAGGGAGCAGCGUCUGCCUCACAGCCAAUCAGGUUGGGGAGGUGGAGAAUGGCUUUGUUUACAGUCAGAAAGAGUGGGCCACUCAAAAAAGUUAAAAUGUUGACUACACAAACAUAACAAAACACAGCGACAUCGUUAUAUUGCCAAAUGUCAUCAAUAACUAAUAGUUAUUGACUGAUAUUAAAGCUUUUUUAUAUAUACACCACAAAAAAAUGCUUCUUUAAUGGAAUCCUGCGUACCCCACCUUUAAGUACUUGCUUUCCACGUUUGCAUCCCAAGCAUGUUGGGUUCGGGUGGGGGAUGGCGCUUGUUCAGGUGCAGGAGGAGGAGUAUUCAGGUGUGGUGAGAGAUUUUAUGUUCACAUCAAUACAACACAAACACAAGAGUAGAACACGUAAUACAGACAGCUGAGGUGAGGAACUCAAAGAAGGAAAAAAUCUCAUAAAUCCGAGAGAAAAAUUAGGUUGGUUACAAUCAGGAGCUUAAAGAAACACUUCGCUGCCUACAUCCUCUCACUUUGCCCGACACUGGUGGCUUCAAGUUGUAGGGCUAAAGGUGGAACGAAUGCUGCAGAUUUGCAUGGGUUUGAAGAGUCAGAUGGUGAACUAGUGUUUAAAGUGCACCUUCUAUGCUUUUCACGUCAGGCUGCAUCAAGUUUGUGUUUAUUUAAAUCCAGAGGGUGAACUCUUCUGCUGAGUCAUGUUUGCCUGCAGUCAUAAAGAUGCUUCUGUGCAGCUUCCUCAUACAUCUGCUGCGUUACAGAUUUGUGACCUCCACCAUGUGCUGUAGUGUUUGUGCUCAUUUUUUAGUGUUGUUUUAAUUCAUGAUCGAGUUUGUUGUGCAUGUUCACACACGCUUUAGCACUUCUGCCCAGUUUUAUGUUGGAGGUUUUUGUCUUUUAUUUCAUCAUUUUUUGUUUCUGUUGUUCUUUGUUUCUCUCUGCUUGUUUUUUUUUUUUUCUUUCCUGUGCGUGAUGCAUGUUCACAACAUGUUGGACGGAGCAGUGUGUAAGUGUUUUCAUCAGUUCGUUUUAUCCUGACUCCAUGAUCCUGGCUGACAUGAUACAUUCAUGACAAACAUCUCCUGGUUGAUUUAACCUGUUAACCUGUUUAUCCUGGUUUGGUGUGUGUUUUGAUCCUAUUAUACAACAUAAAUCUGUUAUUUUCAGCCACUCAGAGAUUCACACAGUCUCAUGUUGUUCUAAAAAUAGAAGCCCUUCCUCGGUAAAGGUCUCUUGCCAUGAAGUGAUACAGUAGAGCUCUAAUCUUAUGUAUGGGACUAACAAACCUGUGUAUAUUUAUGCCUGUACGCUCUCUUGCUGAGGUGAUCUGAAAUGUUUGAAGGACUCUUUUGUAGACUGUUAAAUAUCAAGUCUGACUCCUGUUAUGUACAGAUUGUUACUGUGCAUAUGCAACUCUUACAGGAGAUGAGAAUGAAGCAAGAUCUCUAACUUAUAUCACAAAGUAAACUUAAAAAGUAUCUCACAAAGUCUUUUAUUUUGAAACUUCCACUAACUUGGUCUUUUGAAUGUAAUACACACAGGGCCUUAUUAGAGCUGUCUAAAAAAUAUCAGGGAAAUGAAUUUGGGCAUGUUUGCCCACAUCUUGCUCGUUAAGCACUUAGGGCGAAGAGAAGGGCAUUCAAGUCCCUUUAUUAUUCAAAGGUGUGUUUUGUGUGUAAAAUCUAAUUUGGCAGAGCUUCAGCCUUCAGCCUCUUACGGGGCGUUUACACCACGUGAAAAUAAAAUCAUUUAUGCUAGUGAAUUGCAUGAGGUGUCAAUAGGAAGAUGUGCAUUCUUGUCAAACAACAUCAGUAGCUGCGUUUACAUGGGCACAAAAAAUCAGAAUGAAUGCCCGAUCGGAAUAGAAAUGUGUCAUGUAAACAUAUCGAUGGGAAGAUUCUGAUCCAGUUCAGCUCAGUCGGAAAGAGGGGUGGUUUAUGUUGAUCGUUAUUCCGAAACGCGGUCAUUUAAACACUUAUUCCGAUUGUGACUCUCUUACCUGACUCGAUCUUUACUCUUUAGCCUUUGUCUUACUUAUUGAGGCCAGAACAGGAGGUUUCAUUGUUAACACUCUGGCAUAAAACACAACCACAGGUACCGUGUCUGCUCCUCUGGUAACAUAACAAGGCGUACGUACAGCGUAAUGAUGUCACAUCUGCACGCAGAGUGCAACCUUUGACAGAACGGUAAAAUAAAUGCGCAAGGGCGCCAUCUAGUGAUAUUUAACAAAGGGAAAAAUCCUGAAUUGGAUGGAGUGAGCCACUACCAUGUUUGUUGGUUUGUUGGCAGCACAGGUGUAAAUACAACUCUUCUUCUGCUGAUGUUUUAGCGAAAUUAAACAACUCUGCGCAUGUCCAAAUGCUUCUAAUCUGAAUAAAGCUUUAUGCAUGUAUGCACGUCAUGAUUGAAUUAUUUGAUUUUGCACCCAUAUAAACAGUGGAUUCAGAUUAUCUGAUCCCUCAAAUUUUUUAAUCGGAUCAAGAAAUUUUGCACAUGUAAACGUGGCUAAUGAUGCAGAUGUGGUGGGGGGAAUAGUGUGAAUGAAGAAGACUAUACCCACAAACGUCAGGAAUUUUAUUCAAAACUCUACUCUCUUCAUUUGAUUUUACUUGCAAUAGGCUCCCAGGUUUGACUAAACACUGUAAUUUUAACCGGCUCCACUAAAGGAAAUUAAGUGAGUCCACUUUUAUUACCUCGCCCUGAUGUAAAAUACUACAUAGGUGGACACGGGCUCCUAAAAAUGUGUCUGACAGGCAUAAAUAUAUCAGUUGUCUCCUUCAUGCAGCCUUGGACUAACUCAGUUUUUCAUGUUUUUUCACUGGCUUCAAUGGCAGAGACCUUAUUCCAGAGUAUUUGGAGUUUAUUGAUAAAGUUUUAUAAAUAAAACUCAUCUCUAUGCUGCCACUGUCCUGCACAUGCUCAGACAGUGUUUAUUUUCAUCUCUACUGCUUUUUUGAACAGUCAGAUGUAACCCUUGAGGAUUCUGUAGAUUCCUCUGAAAAUGAUCCCGUGGCAGCUGUAAAAGAAAUUAAAAUUGACUGAGUACAAAUGGACAGUGUUGUAGCUGAUGGUUUUGCUUGUUUUUCUGAGUCAUACAGAGGCAUCAGUAUUGAUUUCAAUCUGUUUUAUAACCAGUUUAAAAAAAAAAAAAUCCUCUCAGGAGAUUUCACUCUUGUCUGUUGUUUUUGGGUCUCUAAAUGGCUGAAAAAGUGGAUUUAACUCUGUCGUAAGAUGGAAAUAAUCAUUUUAAAUCCUUCUCCAGCUGUGAGUGUUUUCCUCUCAGUCCUGACACAUCAUGUCAGAGUAUUUUUGAAUAUUAUCAGUAGACUAUGACAUUCUGAUGGCUGGACAGAGAGGAACACACAAAAAUGAACAUCAACUAAUCAGUAACUCGCACACUUACAUUUAUAAACAAAUGGAAAGUCAACAGGUAAUAACAGGAUUUUGAGGCUGAUCAUUAUUUGAUUGUGUCAUUCUAUUUCGCACUCAGCAAAAGUGAAAAAAUAAUAGCAAAUAAUAUUUUUUGUGACUUUCUUUUUCUACCUGUGUGUCCUAGUGUGUGUGAUUUUGAGUGUAUGGAUGAAUUUGCUCUUGUGUGUAAUAAAUAUAUUGAUCUGCACAAAAAGCUGCUGUUUUAAUUGGUGAAUUGCUGUUAAUUACAUAUAAUUCUUGUAUGGUGCUCGGGUUUUGGAAAGGGAUGUCCUGAUACAAUAUUGAUAUUGGAUAUCUGUCCAAUAUCAGCAAAAAAAUAAAUAUCGGAUUAUAUUGGCUUGCAUCUAAAAUCUCCGAUAUCAGCACUCUGAUGCAAACAGUCCAUUCCAGACUCCGCUCCAGCACCUCUAUCUAGCAGCAUGCAGAACCCACGUAAUCACAACAACAGUGUGUACUAAGGUGCUAACAAAGUAGCAAGGAGUAAGAGUGAUGUCGGCCAUUUGUAUCGGCCAAUACUAAAGGUUACAAUAUCGGUAUCAUAUCGGAAGUAAAAAAGUUGUAUCGGGACACCCCUAGUGGUGGACUAUAAAGGAGAAUUCUGGUAUUUUUGAAAAUUCUGCAAUUCUUUUUGUCAAAUCUUUUUUAAAACCAGGCACAUUUUUUAUAACCAUACACUGUGGUCAUGUAAUGGUUUCUUAGGAAGCAUUAAAAAAGGUUAACGAUAAAUACGCCAACCAUUUUAAACCUAAACUAGAAACAGUCCAAAAAAAUAGCUGGUUAGUUUUCAAUGCUGACCAGUCAUUUCUAAAUCUAGAUCCUUUCUGUUACAUUGUCAGAUGCUGGGAACAACAAUCAGCCCGUCUUUGUCCAAAUAAAAACCUCCAUUGGAUAUUACUUUAUCAGGAUUUGAUAAAUAACAGUUAUUACAGCACAAAUUUAUUCUGCCAUACAGCUGAAAAGACCUGUAGGGAAUUAUGAAUAUUGUUUGCCUAUGUUGGUAAAUCAUUAUAAAAUCAUAAUACCAGAAAUCGUCUUUAUACUGCCACUUAAGUUUUCAGCUGAAUUAAACUGUGAAUACUGAUUAACAUUUGAUCAUGGUUUUUGGUGUAAGCAAGCUGGGCAGAGAGGUGCACAAGUCAAUGAUCUGAGUUCAUGGACCUACAUCACCUAUCAAAUUUUUAAAUUGAUAAUUAUCUCUUUAUAUUUUUAUAUACCAUUUAAUAAUAGCUACAGACCCUUUCAUUGCUGAUAAAACACCUGUGUCUGAUGUCUGACCUAAUAACUUAAAAAAAGAAAGCUCAGUUUCUGGUUUUUCUCUGUAAUAAAACUCAUAAGCUGUUUUUUUUUCCAGUUUUAUUUAGUGCUGAACUUUGGAUAACUUGUUAAAAGUAUUUAUAUUCAGGAGACAUAAAUAAGGCUUCUAAAAAUAUCUGGUGCACAUUUCAAACACAAAUUAGCACAGUCUACAAAGUCAACAAAGUUGUACUGCAUCCAAUCCGAACAGUGCAGAUGGGAGAUUUUAAUUUCUCCUGAGAGUUAAUCAAGCUCAAAAACCAAACUCCGGCUUUAUUUUCUCACUAUCUGUUCUGCAUUUUCUGCUCAGCUCUCUAAGGCUUUUAAAAACACAGUUUUAGGAGUUCACAUUUUAUUGAUCUCACCCUUUUCAGGAGCCUACUUCCAUCCCAAAAAUGCAGAUUUACCUCAUCUUUGUGAGGUAGAAAUAGUCUGUGCUCUCUUAGAAGCUUGUUUGAGAGAUAUCUUUGCCGCUCAGGGUUAAGGUGUUGACCAAAUCUCUUUACGAAUAUGAAACAUAAUUGAGGCAAAUGCCAUGACUUUUAACGUUGUUGCUAUUACAAGUACCCCUUAUGCUGAAGUUGCCUGGAUUGCAGGACAGGAUGUUGCUUCACUUCUACCAAACAGAGAUGGACAAGACCCAGUAGUAGAUUUGUUUGGAAUUUAUCAUGUUUUAUAUAAACCGUUCAAAGCCUAUAUUUAUCAGAAACAAUGCAAUGACAAUAUAGCCAUCACUGAAAAAGAUCUUUGUUUUUUAAUCUAAAGAAGUUACGUCUAGGAUAAGCUAAAAAAGAAAUCUGAAAAUCUAUUACUGGGUAUAGAAGCAGCAUACAGAGAAGCUAAAGUAAAGAUGAGAAGUAUAAUGAGACUGGACUCAAAAACACGACACAGUCUCUGAUGGUAUCGUGACAGAUCCAUUCGGGCACCAGAAGAAUAAAUCCUACUCAUGUUUGAAAAUGAUAACACUGGGAAACGUGAGCUGUUGGACAGCAUGGAGUGUUUUUGUGGGCGAAGGAAGUGUCCACACUUACUGACGAGCUUUAGCACAACAGUAACCAUGGCAACGUCGGCCUUUUAAUAAUGAAUCGAUAAGAAAAACCACGGUCCAUGUUUCCAUCAUUUAGCUCUUAUUGUCUGUGUGUUCAGUGUUGACAUGUGUCGACCUCUCUGCCCGUUUAUUGCUGUUUGUCCUCUCCUCCUCCUCCUCCUCCUCCUCAGACUCAAACACAGAAUCUCUCCCUCUGCUCUUUUAAUCUCAUCAUAUCUGUUGUUUUCAUCCUCCUCUUUUUUUCUUUAUCUUUGUCUUUUUCUUCCUCUCUGCUCUGUUUUUUGUUUUCUUAUUUUGUUUUCUUCCUCCCUCCCUUCAUUUUCCAUCCUCACAUUCAGCUUUUUACAGCGCCGCACCUCUCACCUCGGCUGGCAUCAUUCCCAUCAUGCAGUCUCUGUGCCCGGACGGACAGAGAGAUGAGUUUGGUUUCCUGCAGUACAAGAACUCCACGUGAGUAGACUGUUGUCAUUCAUGAAACUGUUAUUGGUGGCUGGAUGCCUCCUAUUGACUAUGUUUUUUUUGUUUGCUUUUUUAAAUAGUAGGACUGUAGAUCAUGUCAUCCCCUCUUUUUUUUAAAUUUCCUCUUGUUAGUGUGACCCAGCUGCUGGAGCGGAUCAGCGAGGUGGUUGAACAGAACCGGUUCUUCACAUCUGACCGGCCUGGUUUGGGUCAAGAGCUGGAGACACUGCAGCACCAUCUGGAAAGUCUCAGCUCAUCUCCGUUACCUCUGGACUACAAUUUGAACAACAGCCAAGGUUUGAUACACAACAACACUUUAAACAAUAAGUUGACACCUCCCCCUACUGCACUUCCACGCCCAUCUUGGAGCAGCUCAGUGCGCCAAUUUACCAAAUUGGCUAGGUACAAGGCUGCGCUGCAUGAAUUUACCACUGAGCGGGAUGCACCACCCUCCAACGUGUUGCCAGCAGACAGGAAUUUAGUGCCCAUCAUCUCUGACUAAAUGUGAACUGAACAUCAAGACUUUAUAGUGUAGCGUAAAAGUCCUGUAUCUAGGCCUGUCGCGAUAAUCAAUAAAUCGCCUUAUCGCUCGGUAAAUAAAAACGAGGUCGGUCAUUUUGCCAGCCUCGAUAAUUGACGUGCGUUUGUUUUCCUCCUCUCUCGCUACCAAACACGCUGGAUGAGAGAAGAGGUCUCACUCUGCGCAUUUUUCUCGGCACCUGGGGGCGUUGGCUCUAUAGCGGAAUGAACGGAGUUAGUGAACCCUCCUGUCAGUCAUUCAGUGUCUUUGUUACGAGGGGGCUGGCGCGCACAGGCACACAGACACAGACUUUUGGAUAUAGUGCUGCAAGUGAGCGUCGUGAGUGAAAAGCAAGCUAACAGAAUGAACACGACAGCUUUGGUGUCUAAACCGAACGCAACAGCCCAAGUGUGGGAAUAUUUCGGCUUUAAACCAGUUUUGUUUUCGUCAACCACAAAACUCCACGUGUGUGCACGCGCGCGUGUGUGUCUGUGUGUUGGAGGAGCACAGCAGGCUGAUGAGAGCUGUCAGAGCGGACUGAAGCUGCUCCUGUAUGUUUAGCGUUUAACUGACUGAGUUUUGCAACUCUGUUAGUCAUUUUCGUCUCGUCCCAUCAACGUAAACGCACUUUCGUCUCGUCACAUUUUAGUCAUCUCCGACUUAUGAUUAGCUCGUCAACGUUACGUCUUCGUCGUGGGUGAAAUUAAAGUUUAUCACUUUUGACCUGGUGUACUCGCAUUAUUAUGCCAUUUAAUAUCAUUAUCUAUAAUUUAAAAAACGGUGUCAAUAAUAUCGUUUAUCGGCAAUAAUUUGUAGCACAAUUAUCGUCCAGCAAAAUUUGUUAUCGUGACAGGCCUACCUGUAUCUAUACUUGUGUAAUCUUGCAGUUCUUUUAACAGACAUAAAUCGAGUCUCUGUCUGAGUUUGGCAAGAGUACCAGAAGAUGAAUAUGAAAUCACUGAUCGAGGAUUUUUUUUUGUGUGUGUUUGUGGUUUGUGUUGUAAGCAGGCUUCACGCUGGCCAGCGUAUUUAGGAACCAAACAGCUUUCCGUCAGUUCUUGCUGAAGAAUCUCUCUCUGUCUGACUCUGUCAGCAGCUUCCUGCUCGACACUCCCGUCAGCCUCAGAGAGGUGAGCACUCAAACAUCACAGACAUUUGAGCUUUUUGCUGGUUUUAGCACAAUCAGAAUCCGAAUACUUUAUUUAUCCCCAGGAGGAAAUUUGGUCAUUACAGUAUUACACUUGCUCUUGAAAGGAACAGGAGUUAAUAAGAAUAAAUUUGCAAUUUACAGCAACUGACAUAAAUGUAACCCCUGCAUGUUAAUGAGACACCAGGAGGACUUAACUGAGUGUCUGUCACAUAUUUGCUGACAUGUGACUUUGAGUGGUUUAUCUGAAGUUUGGGGUGAGAACAGAAUCACACACAGUGUUCAGUAUGACAGGCAGAUAUUUUGCGUCUCCUUGUGCCAUAUAAGUGUAACUAGGACGGAGUAUUAGGGCCACAUUAAGAAAUAAAAAAGUAAGACUUCAAGAUUAAAGUCGUUAACCUACGUGAAUUCAGUCAUUACUUACGAGAAUAAAGUCCUUAUGUUCUAACCUGUUGUUUGAGAUGACAGUUGUUGAAAUAAGAGCCAUGGAGCAUUUUGUGAAAAUGUACUUUAAUAUCUGUUUCUCAAACAAGGAGAUACUUAAUCUUUUGGCACAUUAGCACCACAUUAUCAUAAGUAUCAUAAUGAUUUUAUUACGACUUUAUUCUCAUAAGUUAUUACUUUAUUACUUUAUCACAAUUAGUAAUGACUUAAUUCUCGCUAGUAAUGACUUUAUUCUCGUAAAUUAACAACUUUAAUUCAAAGUCCUACUUUUUUUUUUCUUAAUGUGGCCCUAAUACUCUGUCGUAGGUAACAACUGUAAGAAAUUUAAAAAGGUUGAUUUCUUGAUUCACUUCUUUGGUUUCAUUAGUAAUGCCUGCCGUCUCAACUUCCUUCUGAUGUCUGUCUCUUUUUUCCUUCUUGUAGCAUCUUUAAGCUCAAGAUGCCAACAUACCAGUAGAAAAUUGUCAUUUACAGACAUAAAUGUGUUGUAUUUACAGGAAUUUUUCCAGUCAGUGUGAAAGACUGGAAAAAUUCAGUAUACAAUCAUGUAAACAAAUGCCAUACCUUGUAUUUGAUAUCUCUGCUAAAUGAAGUUUAGUUCUCCAGGUCUUCAUUCUUUCACAGACACGAGUAAAGGUGAAUCUCGCUUUCUUUUUUUCCCCAGUAAAAUCUUGGCAUUCACCAUUCAGUUUUAGUUAAAAAACAAGUUUUAAAACUGCUUAUUAGUUGCUGAAGUAGCAAAAAUGUUCAUGUUGCUGCAGCUGCAGGGGCUGCAGGCACUGAAUUGCAGCUGCUCUGAGUAAAAUCAAGUCUAACUGAAAACAUAAAGACACUGAUGUGAGGAUAAAGAUUGCUGUGGGUUAAGAACAUCUACACUAAUCUUCAGAUCUUUAGGAUAACCAAAGCGGUAAUGAGAGUGGGCUGGAGGCAAGAGUUUCAGGGAGAAACUAAACUUUGCAAACUGAGAAAUCUGUGAUUAUUUUGUAGAGAGUAACAAUUUUGAUAACAGCACAAGUGUUUGUCAGCAGAAGCUGUUUGCAGCAGCUUUUAGAAAUAUUCCAAUUCAUGCAAAACACUGGCAGCGUCCUCUUAACAUAUGUCCAUUUUGAGAUUUUGUGUGUUUGGUGUAACUAUACGUGUGUUCCUUUAGGUUUACAGGCUUAUCUUUGGAACAUCUCUCAGGAACAGCGGCGUUACCCAACAUCCGGGGGUGAAAGACACAAAACAAAAAGCUGGAGACAAAGUUCAUCAUCUGCAGGUGAGUUCAAACAAAUAAACACAUACACACAGAUGCAUAGUGCCACAUGUCAGAACAUCAAGAGCCCAGUUACGGGGCCUUCUGAUGUAAUCUUAAAGGGAUAUCCCGACAUAAAAUUAAUUUAGAGUCAAACACACCAUAACACCAAGUUAGACACCCCGUCGAGAGAUGAAUGUUGCCGACCACUUGCUUCUCUAGUUAUACCAACUUUAGUAAUGACCACAUGAUAGCAAUACACAGGAGUCUGAGGAGCCAUAAACAAACCUCAACCAAAACACCGCUCUAUAGCCACAAAUAAUGCUCAGAACAGCACCUACCUUCAACAGGACAUAUAGGGUUCCAGCCAUAGUACUAGCCACCAAACAUCUUUUUAACUUUGCCUAAUUUCUUAUAUAGAUGCGAAUGCAGUAGGAUAUAUUUUUUGAUGAACUUUAUUGUCAUCAUUUUCUUAUCUUUUCCCUCCACUAAUUGUAGGAGCAGCUGUUUGGAGAUGUUCAUGGUCUGGAUGGAGGUCUGAUCCACAAAGCCUUACAUGACCCAGCCAAAGCAGUGCACAGGCAGGCUCUGCUCAAACUCAUGUCCCACGCUUUAGGCCUGGCAGAGGUCUCUGGGAACCAGAAGAAUGACCAGCAGGGCCUAAAGGAGGUGGAGGUAAACCUGCUGCUUCUCUUCGCCAUGUUUUAUUUGGGAGCCUUGGAGCAAAAUGAGCUGUGUGGCUGUGUGGUUUCAGGAACGCCUUUUAAAUUUAAGUAGGUAAUAAAACAAAAGACAAUUUAGUUUUGCAGAUAAAAAGGCUAUUUUGUGGACAAACUGAUGAGAGCUUCGAAAUGGGGACUGAGUUUUCUGGGUUCAGUACACAUAUUGUAAAACUUUGCUUGAUAGACUGAGACUUUAAUAACUCCAGUCCUGUCUAAAUCGAAACGCAAUCCUGACUUUAAUUUAGACAGGGAUCUUCAUGGAAUGAGCUUUUUCACAACCAAACUUCUUCAUAGAAAAUAAGUAUAAUAUAAAUACAUUCUUUCUAUCAAACCUUCAAGAAUAUAAAUAUAUAAAUAAACAGAUAGGUAAAAGGAUAGAUUAGAUAGAUACUUUAGUGAUCUUGUUAAAUCGAAUUUGUUGCUCUGCAAAACAAUAUGCCAGCAGUGAAACUCUGAAAUAUGGGAUUUGGGAUCUUUCUUUGAAUUUUGGUGAAAACCAAAGAUAUUUUUACACCGAUAAUUUAUGUUUAAGUCAUUUAUUCACAGCUUUAUUUUUGCUGUAGAUAUGCACUAAUAUCUUAGUUGGUCUUAAAACUGUUUUGAAUAUAGAUCAUACGAGUUAUGAUUUAAUUAGUUUUGACUUUGGUUCAAUAGAUACACCGAUAUGACCAUGACUGGAUCAGGAGACAUAUUGCUUUUCCUCCACAGGGGGUCCUCUUGACUGGAGCCAUGCUGGAGGUCCUCACCUGUGGGGAGGGAGGGACCACUGAGCUGGGGAAGAUACUGUUGGUGCCAGAGAAGCAGCAACCGUUGCUGCAGGCCUAUCGUGAAGCAGUGUGCAGCGGAGGGGAAGGUCAGAGGUCGGAGCGCUUCAAGCAGAUGAGCCAGGAGCUGAGAGAGCAGAUCAACAUACAGAGUGUCACUGAGAAGGUGCCAAAAACACACGCUGGAAAUUAACCUCUGUCAGCAGCUGCAGAAUAUUUUUAGCGAAACAUCCGCACAGUAGUACGGGGUGUUUGUAACAGUUUUUCAACAGUCAAACAUUUUUUGCACAGUGUGAAAAGCACAUCUAGGGCCUCGGGCCAGUCCAUUACGGACUGCUGCGGAGUGACGCAGCUCAAGGAAAAACAUUUAUGAUCAUUUCUUUAUCAUUUCCUUGAAGUAAUAAUCACCAUAUUAAUCAUUUUGUACUGCAGACUCAGUAGCUCUUCUGCCUUAGCGUCUCUGUCUAAUGCGUUUCCAUGAAGAAGUUAAUUAAAUUAGUUUAACGCCGUAAUAUCCCUUUAAAAGCAUGAGGAGUACUUUAAGAACGAAGGACACAGUUAUCUUUAUUCAUUCCUUUAACUCGUCCUCUGCCCUCCUCCUUUCAGCUCCACCUGGACCAGCCCCGCUCCCUGGCCCCUCUCUCUCAGUCCCACCUGAGGGCGCUGUUGAAGGACCUGGCAGACAUGGAGAGACUCCUCAAGGAUGUGGACCUGCUCUCCGGGUUGGCCCGUCUGCUACCCAAAGGAGCCUGUGCUGGUCGCACCCCAGCCUCCCUGACAAACAUGUCUUGGCCCCUCAACACUACCACUUGGGGCCCUAAUGCAACUGACACCCCCAGAGAGGCAGAGGAAGAAGGAGGAACAGAAGGAGUAGGAGAGGGAGGAGCAGAGGGAGGAGGAGGAGGUGGAGGAGGAGAAGGCGAAGGAGGAGGAGGAGGAAAAAAGAAAGAGGAAGCAGAGAAUCCUCACUCUCAGUUUUCAGCGUUUGUGCAGCUGUGGGCUGGACUGCAGCCGAUUCUGUGUGGGAACAACAGGUAAGAUGGUGAAAAGAAACUGAACGAAGUUAAACCUUAGUUAUAAUAAGAUUAUACAUAAUAAUAAUAAUUACAAUAAUUAUAAUUAGAUAAUCAAUUAUUAUCCUCUACUGAGAACUGCAGCAUUAUGAAUGGACAUCGUAAGGUCCUGGCAGCUGUCCUUGUAAGGUGUCAAAAUGUACUACAAUCUGAGACAAAAGUAUUUAAAUUUGUUGCCUGUUUAAAAAGGGGGGAUUUCUGGUUUAGGAUUGUAGUUUUUCAGUGAGGAUGCAGGGGUACCGGGAUUUUGUCUCCAAUGGUAUUAUUAAUAACAGCCUGCUAUAUACAGUGCUCAGCAUAAAUGAGUACACCCCUUCAGAGUUGUCAGAAAAUCUUUAGUUUCCUAUCAAAAUCAACAUUUUCUAUGUACAACUAUACAACAAAAUACUCCCCCAAAUGUAAAUGUAAAAUGUAAAUGUUCUUUAUUUAUCCAGCCCUUUACAACAACCUUUUCGGUGAACCAACGUGCUUUACAAUAGAAAAUAAAAAUGAAUAAAUAAAACAAUAAAAGCACUAAAAAAUAAAAUACAAUGCAAUAAAAUUAAGCAUCACCACACUACUGGGUAUUAAAAGCCAGCAUAAAUAAGUAUGUUUUCAUUUGUUUAUCACAAAUCUAGGCCAUUGAUUUUUAAAACAAAGAUUUUUAAGUUGCAUACAAAAAAGUAUUUUUUCAGUUUAAAAUCAGGAUGCAAAAAUGAAUACAGCCCAAUCAAAGUUCUUGGAGCAAAGCUACAUUUUAGGUACCAUAUCACUCGUAUUUUUAUCUUAUGGUAAAUAUAAUGUUAUGUUAAAAUCAGCUUUGUCAAAACUUUUGAAAUUGUACUUUUGCUCAUCUAGAUAUUGAGUAAUACACUAAUUUUAAUAGGGGGUGUACCGACUUAUUCUGGGCACUGUAGGUGUGUGUCUGUGGUUCUACAGGAAAGAAUAAGCAGUAUUUGAAUGAACACAGUGCUGGCAAGAGGCAUUAUGAAUUACCACUGUAUUGCUUGCACUCAUAAAUGCUUGUUGUAUAUAUAAUGGGUUUGUAAUACUGAGGUUGGUCUACAAGAUCCUAACAUGAUUAUAGCACAGUCCAGUGGUCUCAGGGUGGCAGGGCCUGUCAGUCCACAAAAUUACGGUCCUUAUUUCACCCCGUUGGGAUUCUAUUCUGCUUUACCCCCAGGCCAUCCAUUCACAAACCUGGUUAUUACGCAGCUGUCUGAUAAAUAUACACUGAGCAUCGAUCUGCAGAUGAUUUUAUUCAAUCAGAAUUUAUUCAUUUAUACAGGAAAAUAUAUGUAGUCUCUUUGCUAUUAGAAGUUUUUAGCCCUAUUCUUGGAGGACUCAUGGACUGAGUUAACAUUUCAUUUGUAUUAAAGUCUUAACUUUAGCAUUUUUCUAAUGACACUCUUAACUGGGACAGAGAAGUAACAGCAACACCUUCAUAAGGUCCCUGUUAAUGUUACUAGUGGACACUGGAGGAACUACAGUUUUUAAGAUUACGUUUUAGGGCUUUUUGCCUGAAUUUGAUCCAGCAGACUGAUAAAGACAGGAAACAUGGAGAGAGCGAGGGAACGACACACACCAAAUUUGGCCAGGAUCGCUACAGCCUCUGUACGUGGGUUACACAGUGAAACUACAGGCCAUUGGCACCAUGAAAUGUAGUUUUUUUAAAACAAUUUAACACUCAGUGGCAGAUAUUGUACCAACAGAAGCUCACUGUAACUCUAUGACUUGGUUCUGUAGUACUGUAUCUCUAACCCGUAAACUCUGGUUUCAGGAUCAUUGAGCCAGAGGCGUUGAAGCAGGGGAACAUGAGCUCUCUGGGAUUCACAAGUAAAGAACAGAGGAAUCUGGGCCUACUGGUUCACUUAAUGACUACAAAUCCCAAGAUCCUCUACUCCCCCAUUGGCUCCCAGGUGGAUAAAGUGAUUCAGAAGGCAAGUUGCUGUCACACUUUUGACUUUUGUCUGUAUAGAAUAAUUCCUGUUUUUUCUGUCUCCUUCUUUUUAUCUUUUAAAGAGUUAAUGUCUGAAAAUGCUGUAUCUAUGGUAACACUUGCAGUAGGAAUAAUGUGAAGGUUUUGUUUUUAUUGUUAAGUUCUGGCGUGCUCAAAUCCCACGAGCACCUCCUGAUUGACUGCGUCUCGUGUUUCACAGCUGUCCUCUCUAUGCCCGAUCACUAACACCUUUUUUGUCAGCUCAGUCAGUCUGUUAGCCGCAGCUCUGUCGUCCAUUAUCUGUGCAAGUGGGUUUUAAAGGGUUUCAGUGUGGGAGGGCGAGAGAUGAAGAAAGGAAGGAGUGGAAACUGUGUAGACAUAUUUUUUUUGUACAAAACCUACAGAGAAAAGAAAACAUUUGUUGAUUUCUUUUACUUCUCACUUGCAGGCUAAUGAGACAUUUGCAUUUGUUGGGAACGUGACUCACUACACCCACGUGUGGCUCAACAUCUCUGCCCAGCUCAGGACUUUCCUGGAGGAAGGAUGGCUGCACAACCGCCUGCUGUGGCUGCAGCAGGUACACACUACAUCCUCUGUAUUACGAAUGAUUUGACAUGCUUCUAUUUGUUUUUAUCAACCUGAAAAAUCAAGAUCAGGGUUGACGUAAACUUAAACUUCCUGGCAACUUCAAGGUUUGGCCCAUAGAUGAUAGAUUUUAAACAAAUGUAGUUUUUGAUGCAAUAAGAGGCCUGUUGUAAAUUUUAAAAUAAAAAAAAACAAGUCUAAUCAAACAAAAUAUGAGCAAAAUUUCUCAUGUUGCCUUUUGAAUGAGCCUCUAUUCACUUAUCGUACAGUUCUACUUUCAUAAGCUCAUUUAUUAUGGUAUGCAGAUGGCAAAAUUUAAAGAACGUUAAUUUUUAAGAGGUGAAAAUAAUCUGUCGACGUGUUAAAGUGCACAGAUCAGCCUCCAUUCAUCACAUGUCUCUUCAUUGUAGCUGUCCUCGGAGCUGCAGCAGCACCCUGAGCUGUUGAACGACACUGACAGUGAGCUCAUGCAGAGUCUGAUGGAGGGAAAUUAUAGCCUUCCCAAUACCUCCACCCUACUGGAGCAGCUGGACACCAUCGACAACGCUGCCUGUGGCUGGACUCGCUUUAUGUCAAAGGUUAGUUUAAUGUAAAGCUGUGGUUCCUGACAGAAAUAUACAUAAAAAGUUCAAGUUAAUUUGUCAUGUCAGUGUACAUAGAGCCAAGAACCACAGGAGCCAUGGAGUAUGAGUGUAAACUGGACCAAAUUUAUCCAACAUAUAGAAGUUUGUCUCUCUUUGUAGAUGUACUGGCAAAGAAGGAUUAAAUGUGUGCUGCAUAGUUUAAAAAGGUCAAAAAGUGGGUUAUUUUUGUACAAGGUGAAGAUUCUUCGUGGUGUAAAUAAACAUUAAUGGUCUUCAUCUCCCUUGUGGACCAGUUUUGUUUGCAAAUAAUUACAGUAAGAGUCUGUCUUGCAUGAAGUUCUUAAAUAAAGGUAGAACAAGUACGUGGACUGAAUUAAAUAAACGCCCAACUUCUCAAUUUCAGUUUUCCUCUCCUUUGAAUUUUGAAAUUUUGCCAAAUUAAAAGUCAGGAAAUGUAACUCAACUUUAGGUCUCUUCAAAUAAUUAUCUAUAAUAAAAGGUUGGAGAAACAUUUGUGCAACAUGAAGGAGCCACUAUCAUCCAGUGUGAUGGAUUUAAUUGUUUUCUCAGCUCACUUAAUUUUCAUCCGGAACUUAUCUUAUAAUAAUUGUCUUUGCUCUGUCCUCUCAGGUCAGCGUGGAUGUCUUCAAGGGCUUUCCAGAUGAGGAUAGCAUCGUCAACUACACCCUGAACCAGGCCUACCAGGACAACGUGUCUGUGUUUGCCAGUGAGUCAUUCUCUACCGUGUCAGACUAUUGAAGGUUUCUCUGCUGAAAGUCAAAGUUUAUGGAGAGAUUUGACUCUUUACGCUGAAAUUUAAAAUCUAAUACACAGUAGAAACCUUUGACGAGCUUUUGAAUUAAUUUUUCUGUUGAUAUGCGGAAACAACUGUAGUAAAGAAUGAACAGAGACAACAUAACAACAAAACAACUUCAACAAAAUGAGAACCUCAAAGUUAUAAGGGGACUUUGGUAUUUUUUCAACCCAGGUCCUAUUUUCCUAUGUAUUUGUAUGUGGUGAACAGAUGGGGAGACCAAUUUCUGAAUUUGUCCAGUAGUGAGGGAGAGCAGAGUAGCCAGCACCCACGAAACAAGCGAAAACAUAGAGUGACAGAGGAAAAAAAUUUACCUCUCUUACCAAUGAACUAUGUGUGUGCAGAUAUUUGGGCUUGUUUAAAUGGAAAAACGUAAUGAAAAAGCAGAUUAAACAGAACUUGGAGUAGGAGGCAGCAUGGUUGUAGUUAUCUUAAAGAACUGGUCUCCUUUUAUAAUAAAGGAGAGUGAUUGGGUACUGAGGGGAAAUCUUUGAAUGGCAGUGGUUCCAGGCCCAUGAGUCAGCAAAAUAAGUCUGGCAACACAAGGCUACUGUGACCUUUUGGACCCAGGUGGCACUGAAAUAAAAACAAACUCUGUAGUGGAAAACACUGCAUCACACAAAAGAGAACCUCAUUUCAUUAAUAUAAUUAUCAAUUGGAUCUCUAGCCUGAAUAAGCAGACUGACAGCUUCUAUGUUUGAAGAGCUUCCAUGUUUCAGUGAAUCACAUUCUGCAAGCAUUACAACAGCAUGGCUCUGUCAUGGAAGAAACAAGGUGCUAAACUGGCCUGUUGAAUUAUUAUGAACACUCCUUGAACUGUUGAACAGCUGAAAUCUUGUAUCAGGCAAGAAUAGGACAGUAUUUCUCUAUGCAAACUUCUGAAACUGGUCUGUUGUGUUCCUAAACGUUUACUGUGUUUAUUAAAAGAAGAGGCAAUGCAACGCAAUGAUAAACAUGCCCCUCUGUACCUACUCCUUUGAAACGUCCAUUUAAAAAUGCAUCGUUUACCUUGCAUCUGUUUUCUCUGUGUUAUUAUCAGUUAAAUCCAGGGUUCAAAUGAUAUCAAAACCAUGAGUUUUUAUCAACUUUCAAAUUGGGAUAGUAUUUAGUCACCACUUGAAAGAGAAACAAAAAAAAAGAUGGUUUCUGCUUCAGGACAGAAUUCUUUAAAAUGCAGCAGACAUCUGAACUGCAGCAGGGCCUCCACUGCACAGUGGCGACACCAAAUGAGUUAUUUUCUUUCUUGCAAACAAAGAAAUAGAUAAAUAGCUUUUUUUAAAACAUGCAGUAUGAGGAUGAAAGUCUUUAUUAUCCUCCAGGACCCCUCAGAACUGAUCAGUGCUCUUCCUUUCUUCAGGUGUGAUCUUCCAGACUAACAACGACGGCUCGCUGCCUCCUCACGUUCUCUACAAAAUCAGACAAAACUCCAGUUUCACCGAGAAAACCAAUGAGAUUCGACGAGCAUACUGGCGUCCUGGGCCCAACACUGGCGGGAAAUUCUACUUCCUGUAUGGUUUUGUUUGGAUCCAAGGUAAAUGAGCAUGCUUAUAGAUGAUACAGGCUAAAAGUGGUCACCUGCUUACCUGGUAUUUGACUUGUUGCAUUACUUCAGUGGUCAGAAUCAGAAGAAGUUGGCUCAUUGUUUUCCUGCUCUCUGCGGAUUUUUCCAGCCCGAGCCAUAAAUCCAUAAGCAGACAUGAGUUCACAGAGAGCUGGGCUUUGUGUCAAACCCAUUGUUUAAUAUUUGUUUGACUAAGAAAAGUAUUUAUCCCUGCAAAGUGCUUACUGUGUGUGCUGUGAGCAGAGAGCACCUGUGCAGAUGCCAGUGUAAGCAGCAGCAGCACUUUCUCUCUGCAAGUCAUCUUUAAUUCAAGAUGCAGAGAGCAGGAAGCUGCUCAGCACACAGUAAGUUGACCCACAAAGAUUCAUCCAGACUGACAGGACGCAGAGUGAGGAGUCUGACAGAGGCAAUUUACAGCUGAUAUAAGAUAUGAGAAAUAAACUGACAGGACCAUAUGACCUCCGGAGGUCUAUGUCUGCUCAGAUUUCCUGACUGAUUUUAUUUGUUCAGAUCAAGAUUUCUGUUCACACUCCAUCAACACAGACAUAAUUAGACACUUCAAGUUCAUUUCAGUGUUUAGUAGUGUUAAGCAUGUUACUCAAAAGUGGGGGUUAGUUACAACUUCCACUUACUACUAUCAGAAAAUUAUAGAAUUACUGAGCACAUUAUGAGUGUAAUGUGCAUACCUGCCGACACUCCCGUUUUUCCCAGGACUCUCCCGUAUUUCAGACCUAUCUCCCGCCCACCUCCCGUAUUGUCAUUUCUCGUUUGCAUGAUCCACGUUCAGUCAUGAAUUGGAUGGAUCAUGUUAUUUGUCCAAAGUUGCCAGGUUUCCAAACAACCAAAAAUUGUCCAAAAAUGUUUGCGCUUGCCUUGUCCUUGCUUAUAUUCUGACAAGACAAGCGCUAAAAUGAUUCGUAGAUGUAGCCGCCUCCGAUUUUGCUUUCUUCCGACUUGGUAACUGAAACGCUGGUAAGUGUGACAUCAUUCCCAGCUCGGACUUCUGACUUCCGAGGUAACUCGAAAUCAUUAAUAUCAUGUUACCAAGGUAACCAGUAGGUCUGUUAAAGCCUUACUGGUUACCUUGGUAACAUGAUCAUGAGUUUGCGCCACUGUUUAGCACUAGGAGAGAAUAAAGAAAAUGAGAUGAGAGGACAGAAGAAGGUGAAGUGCAGGCGACAGGUUUAAAGAUGAGACUCUAAAAAUAUUAACAGCAUCUCUUGCCGUCUCUUCAAACUCUCAUACAAUACCAAUAAGCUCCUUGAUAAGCAAGGUCCACUCUCUGGAUUUUACAGGCAGAUCAUCUUUGCUGCGUUGAAGGUGAAGUUUUAGGAUGUGAUGGUGUUGCAUUAACCACUAUUGUUUUGCCAUGCUUUGUACAGCCAUUAUUUCCUAGUUGUUGUGUUACUCUGCAGAGCUCCCUUUGGGAAAUUUGAUUGAUGAAUAAAAUAAUGUUGGCCAUGAAAUAGGAAUAUGAAGCAAGGGAGUUAAUGAAGCUGUUCUUUAGAAAACAGGCAAAAACCAUGUAGCGAAUAUUCAACUUCUACAUACCCAAAAAAGAGUUCUCUGCCCUCAAAUUUACAUAUUUCAAAAACAACUAAAGGAACAAUCGACAAUUUCUGUAUGAAAAUGACAAACAAUAGUUACACCUUAAUUUUGCAUUACUGUUCUUUAUUCACACGUAUCUUGUGGCCACAGGAUUAUUAUACAAGGACUUCUCAUUAUUUUAUUCCAUCAUGUGUCAGAGGAAGUUAUGUUCUCUAACAGGAUGAACUGACUAAUUAUGGACAGUUAAAUUAACCUAAAACGAACUUUGUCAUAGAUUUUUGAUUACGACAUCAAAUGUUCGCUAGUUCCCCAGUGACAGACAAGGCAAUAGCAGGAGAUCCAGAGGUCUAAUGGCAGGCCAAAACAGUGAGGCACAUUUUAGUUUAGCUUAAAUGAAGUCAGAGAAAGAGCAUAAAAAUGUAAAACCACACCAGAGAGGAAACAGGAGGAAAAUGAGACGAGGACAGCGAAAAAGAUAAAAGAGAGUAAAACAGAUGGUGGUAAAAUGCUCCUGUUUUUUCACAGAUUAAUCACUUACUUUGUCUGCAUUUUGGAUGAAAUUUUGUUUUUUGAUAAUCAUUCACAGCAGAACAAUACUGAGCAGAAUUCAACAAAAUGAAAACAUCAAUGAUUCAGGAAACUAAGAAACUUUUGACUGUAGUUACUGAGUCAUUCUUUCUUUCACUUCCUUCUCUAGAUAUGAUUGAGCGAGCUAUCAUCAACACAUUUGUGGGCCAUGAUGUGGUGGAGCCUGGCAACUACGUCCAGAUGUUCCCCUACCCAUGUUACACCAGAGACGAGUGAGAAACACCAUUGUUCUGUUCAAGUCAUGAUGUUUAGUAUGAUGGUUAAAGGUAACAAAGUGCUUUAAAAAGAGAUAAAAGAAACACAGGCAAUGAUGCAAAGGUACAAUAAGAGAAAUACACAGUACACAACAAAACAGACUGAGCGAUUUGUCAUGUAAAUGUAAUUUCAAACAUCAUGUAGUAAAUAUCAAUCCUUCUAUUCCUGAAGAUCACAGGCAUUUUAAACCAAUGUGUUAUUAAGAUAUGUAUGUGUGGUCUUCACCUGAUCCCCUCUGUUAUCAUUGUUGUUGUUUUUCAGCUUCCUGUUUGUGAUCGAGCACAUGAUGCCUCUGUGCAUGGUGAUCUCCUGGGUUUACUCAGUGGCUAUGAUGAUUCAGCAUAUCGUGGCUGAGAAGGAGCACCGUCUCAAAGAGGUCAGACUGAGGCUAAUAUGUCUGGACCAUAUGUUGUGCUUGAGACUGCUUUGACAUGCUGUUGUUUCUCUGUUUUUGGAAGAAACAAAAAAGUCUCACUGCAUUUUAUAUAUUUUUCAUCAACCUAAAUACAGACUCAGACUAACAAUAAAUACGGUAUGACUGAAACAAUUAUGCAUGCAUCUUACUGAAUCCAAAAAAUUGUCAUGUAAAUUAAGGAUAACUAACACAACAUUAAUGUAUUCAUUUGCAUCACUCAGAUUUUUUUUUAUUUGGGCAAAAAAUUAUGAUGCACCGCAGUGAUAGCCUAUCUGCGGUAUGAUGGUCCUAAUAUCUUGACUUAAACCAAACCUCAUUCAUUAAUUUGUUUAAUUUGCUGGCUUGUCUUUCUUGUAAAUCCUAAAAUUAGACUUUUAACAGAUCAGCAUCUUGAAGCAGUUAUUUCAGCAUAAUUUAAGCCUGUAUUUUUACUGUUGUUGCUCCAAAUUGGCAUCAGUAAAAGCCCUCAUAUGACUUAAAUACCAGGAGUAAAACAAGACAGAAAACAGUGCUAUUUUAUCGUCUCCUUUAAACUUUGAAUCUCUUGAUUUCAAUCUGUGAGUCAAAGGAAAUUAAACAAAAAUGUAAAACGUUCCUGGUACCACUAAAAACCAAGCUUUUCGAAAAUUGAAGUGGACCAAUUUAAAAUGAAGUGAACUUAUAAAGCAGCCACUGAUUUGUCUCCAGGUGAUGAAGAUGAUGGGUUUGAACAACGCGGUCCACUGGGUGGCCUGGUUCAUCACUGGUUUUGUCCAGUUGUCUAUCUCUGUCACCGCUCUGACUGCCAUCUUGAAGUACGGCCGUGUUUUGCUCCACAGUGACCCCUUCAUCAUCUGGCUCUUCCUCACCAUCUACGCCGUGGCCACCAUCAUGUUCUGGUCAGAUUUCAGAGUUUCUUACCCGAGGAAAUACUUGGAUUACAAAGUUCAUCAGCAUUUUUGAUCAAAUUUGAACACAUGCCGUUAAACAAUUGAGGGCCCAGCUUUUCAAAAGUAAUCUGGUCAGAUUAAAAUGAUUAGAUUAGAUUCAGUUUUAUAGGUAUUAGAGGUAUUAGAAAAAGGGAAUAUGUAAUUGGAUAUAAUUAGGUGAUUUAGUCUUGUUGUUAAUCUAGAUACGACCGUUAAGUUGUGUUGUUGAAAACUGCGGAUGUGCGCCUGGUCUUUGACACUAAUUGGUCAAAAUUAUGUGAAACAAAACCACUCAGAUCAUGAUCUGUAUCCUGAUAACAGUGACUAAAUCAUGUUAUUUUAAUCCAAACCAAACCAUGAUAUUUCCUUAAUUUCAACCAAAUGCAACAGUCUUCUAAUUUGUUUGUUAAGGUUAAGAAGGUUAAGAAGUUAAGGACAUGAUCUUUCAUUAACAGUGUCAUUAGUUUGAUACCUACAACAUAUGAUAAUGCUUAAAACUACAAAUAACAAUAAUGAUAAGGAGAUCUAAGGACAUCUCUUUUGUUUGCAGUUUUUUGGUGUCGGUAAUCUACUCCAAAGCCAAGCUGGCCUCAGCCUGCGGAGGGAUCAUCUACUUCCUCAGCUACGUUCCUUACAUGUAUGUGGCCAUCAGAGAGGAGGUGGCUCAUGAUAAGAUCACUGCAUUUGAGAAGUGCAUUGCAGUAAGAGUCUUGAUCUUCUCACAGACAUGUUGUGUUAAACGAUAGGUGUGUUUUUCUACUAAAAUAAUCCAAAUGCUAUAAAGGUUUAUUCAUUCAUGUAUCCUUCUUCUUCUGCAGUCCCUGAUGUCAACCACUGCCUUCGGUCUGGGCUCCAAGUAUUUCGCUCUCUAUGAGGUUGCUGGUGUAGGCAUCCAGUGGAGGACAAUCAGCCAGUCGCCUGUAGAAGGUGAUGACUUCAACCUGGGUCUGUCCAUGAUGAUGCUCAUCAUUGAUGCAGGGGUGUACGGUGUCCUCACCUGGUAUAUAGAGGCUGUGCAUCCAGGUAUGAAACCAGUGUCUAUGUACUACUGUAUGGACAGUAUAUUUUUAGACAGAUGAGAGUUAAUGUGUUUUCUCCCUGUCAGGAAUGUACGGGCUUCCGCGCCCUUGGUACUUCCCCUUGCAGAGGUCCUAUUGGUCAGGAAGUGGGCGUGUGGAGACGUGGGAUUGGCCGUGGUGUGGAGGCGGAGCUGCCAGGCUCAGCGUGAUGGAGGAGGAUCAGGCUUGUGCCAUGGACCAGCGGAGAUCAGGUGAAGAGAGAUGCAUCAUUUUCGACUGACAAAGCCAGUCUGUGGAGAAGUCUGUUCUUGUUCUGAUAUUAGAUGGUGUAUAUUACUGUUCGUAUUUUUAUUUUGUAUCGUACUGAAUUAUUGUGGUCUUGCUGUACGGAGUAGGGGUAUCGGUUCUAGGUCUGAUGGGUCUGAUCUCACUGAUCUUGGAAGGAUCAAGCUUGAGCUAGGGGUUCUUUUAUUGGUACACAAACUGCACAUUGCACUUUGUUUCUGCAUUUUAUGCACUCUGCUCAUGCAAAAAUACUAGUAUAACUGACGUGCUUUUUUUUUUACCUUCCAAAUCGUCUUUAAUGCUUUUUACCUUUUGAAUUGUUUUUUAUAUAAAUGUAUUUUAUUUUAUUUUAUUUUAUUUUAUGAUAUAUGGCAGUGUUUUCAAUGUCUGUGCCUGCUGCAACCCGAUUUGCCCAUUUGGGGACAUAAUAAAGUUGAAGUGAUGUGAAGUUCUGAAGAUGAAAACAAGACAUAGACAAAUGCUGAUCUAAAGGAAUUUAUCAGCUUUCAUGCUCUCUCCAUUAGUUUCCUGUCAUAAGUAAUGACUUAUUCCUACUAGGUAUAUGUAUAAGUUUUCAGUGUCAUGUAAAUUAAUCAGUUUCUUACCAAAAUAAGAUUUUGGUUGUGCUAACACUCUAUUCUGAGACCUUCAGUUUUAUCUGACCAAAACAGUAAUUCCUGUCUUUCUGAGAGCGACAUGGGUAGUGAGUACCUGAAUCUGUGCAGUUUAUUGGAAAAACAGAGUGUUUCCAUUAUGAAAUUAUUAGCCAUAAAGACCAAUUGUGACUCUUUUAGCUUCAUGCAAUAGUAGUCUAUGAAAAUGCUGAAGAAUGUUAAGAUUUUAAAUUGAGGUGAUAAAUUUUGUAACAGCUGUUUUUCCCUGUCUUCUUGUGACUCCAGAGGAGAUGCGAGGUAUUGAAGAGGAGCCGAGUCACCUGCCGUUGGUUGUGUGUAUUGACAAACUGACUAAAGUGUACAAGACUGGCAGCAAACUGGCCCUCAAUAAACUGAGCCUCAACCUCCAUGAAAACCAGGUGGUCUCUUUCCUGGGACACAACGGAGCUGGCAAGACUACCACCAUGUGAGCGGGACGUUUGUAUGUCUCUUUGUGUUUGAAAGUUUGUGCUUAUAUAGUCUCAGUGAUAUCACUCGUUGGUUUCUGAAGAAGGAUUUUUAAGUCUAACAAUGGCGGCUGUCAUAUUGCAAAUACUGACAGCAACCAAGUUUAGAUCGAUCUGGACACAAAGAGGUAGAGUUAAUGGUGUGGUCCAGCUUCAACACAGACACUUGUCAGUCAACUCCUCCAUACCCUAAUUGUAAUAAUUUAUGCACAAAUCCCAGCCUCAUUACAAUCAAAAAAGUUACUUAAAUUGUGCAGUUUUUAUAAACUGUAAAAAAGUAAAACUGUUUUUGUAAACCAGCCCAAAAACAUGUUCGUUCCUGCAGCAAAACUGGACAUUUUAACGUGAGUUUGUGAUAAAGAUUCUUUAAUUUUCAGAGGCAGCCUGAAGUGGACACUCAAAGAACAUUUUGCACUUCUACAUUUGCCUCUUUUUCAACCCUGGGGAAGACCAGGUUGCAGCUUGGUCUUCUCUCGUUGAUGGGCAUCGACAUAUUGCACAUUUGGAGCCAGGACAUUUAUAGUACAGAACUGCUGGUGGUCCAUAGUUGGGAUGUUCUGCCUUUCCAGCUAAUUCAAACACAAAAUGAACUUACUGAUAAGACGCCAAAGCUUUUUUUUGGUUAUACAAUCCACAGCCGAUCCACAUCAGUGACUCUUGCAUUAGUGUUUGUUUCAUUUUCGCUCAAUGUCAGAGCUUCAUGGGUUUGACAGAGAGCAGCUGUUCCAAAGGAUUCAGUAAUCUAAGAAAUACAAACAAGUCCAGUUUAAUCUUCCUGACUGUUUCUCUUCACUUCACAGGUCCAUCCUGACAGGUUUGUUCCCACCCACCUCCGGCUCAGCCACCAUAUACGGUCAUGACAUCCGUACGGAGAUGGAGCGUAUCCGUCAGAACCUGGGCAUGUGUCCGCAGCACAACGUCCUGUUUGACAAGCUGAGUGUGGAGGAACACCUGUGGUUCUACUCCAGACUUAAAGGCAUGGCUGAGGAAGACAUACGCAAGGAGAUGGACAAGUUAGUACAAGUCUGCUGCAAUUCAUUUAUUACAAAAAGCUAAAAUUCACAAUAUUAACAAGAAGUAACCCCACACUACCAGAUACAACUACUAAAAAAUGACUCUUUUAUACAUUCCUGAUGUUCUGACAGGUCUUAUUGUGACCAUGAGUUGUAUAUAUAUUUGUUAUGAGUGUAUAUGUUACACCGGUUACAACCACAGCUGUAGACAGGGAGAAACAUUAGUCAGAUAGAGACAUGAGAGUUGAACAUUGAGCUGCUGUUGAAGUUGAAGCAUUAAUAAAUCAGUGUUGUUGCAAAAGUUCAACACUCCCCAGUGAGUCCUCUUUAUCACAGUGCUUAAGGGUGAAUUCACUAACAAUAGAUUGUGGCGGUUCGUAAACAGCAGGAUUUGUGCAUCAUUUCUCCCUGCUAGCUAUUCAAUCUCGAUAUCCAAUAAUCAAAGCAUUUCACCCAAAUAAAUCUCAAGUGCAAAAAUGAACACAUAAACUGCAGCUCUGUGCUAUAUGCUCUUGUACAGACAAACCAUCAGCAUUGCCAGUUUUUACUGCACAGAGCGGUGCUAAAGGAGCUCAAAUCUGUUGACACACAGAUGAUGAGUUAGCCUAGCUCUAAUUUGGUUUAACAUUAACAGACAGGCUUGUUAUUUUCAGAUCAUUCAGAGGUGGAAUUAUUGACAUGACCACUUAAGAGCUUGGGCUAAAAAUGCUUAUUAAUACUUCAGCACUGUUACCACUUUACCUAGAGCCUCUGUCACCAGAUUUCACUCUAAGCUUGUGUUGCUGCUAAUGCUGCUAAUGCUAACAAAUGUAUAAAGUUUUAUUUAGCUGUAUGGAAAGGGCAUAGGGUUUGGGGUGCAUUUAAUUCUCUGCAAGUGCAAGUAUUAGGGGAUGUCUUUUUGGAUUUAACAGGUGCAAAAGCAGCACAUUUUUAAAAUCAUGUCCUGCAUCCCACUGAGCAAUAGACGGCUAUUAGACAUCUAGUUUUUUUUUAGACCUAAUUUCAACUGUCUAGAUUCUGUAUAUUUUUAGACGGAAUUUAGACGUUGCACUUUAACCCAUUAUCCAAUAACUGAUCUCCAAGUACUUAACCAAAAUAAUUAUGAUAGCUGUUACAGUGUAGUAUAGAUAUAGCCCAGAUUUAGAUUUAGUCUACACUUGGUCUCAAGUUUUAGACGUCCAAAAAACUUUAAUUUUUAGACCUGUGGUAGCCUGAUUUUAGACCAGUCAACCAGGCUGCACUCAUUAGACCUCUUUUAGACCAAAAAAUGCUAAGUAGGAUAAAUUGUAUUGACAGUAACAGUGCAGAUAAUGUAGCUAGUACCAUAGUGGAUGCUACAGCCACUUUCAAACAGUUGUAACUGAUACAGUUUCAGAUCAGGUAAAUCAGCCUAGUGUCAGAUUUGACAAAUGGUUUUGCUGAGUGUGUAUUGAGUGUAACUGUGUUUCCAGGAUGAUUGUGGAUCUGGAGUUGUCCAAUAAGCGUCACAGUUUGGUGCAGACGUUAUCAGGCGGGAUGAAGAGGAAGCUCUCCGUGGCUAUCGCCUUUGUCGGUGGCUCACGGGCCGUCAUCCUGGAUGAACCAACGGCAGGCGUGGACCCAUAUGCUCGCAGGGCCAUCUGGGACCUGAUUCUUAAAUACAAACAGGGUGAGUGGAUAAUCAGAACCUCAGGGCAUCCUUGCAUUAUUAAACCAGAUCCCAGCCCAGUGUUGUUUGAGGAAAAUUAAAUGAUGGCUCUCCUAGAGAAGUCUUUUCUGUUACUCUCUGCUUGUGUUUUAGGAGGGCUGUCUGCAGAUUAGUUUUUGGUUUUAAAAAAAAACAACAUUACUCUAAGGCAAAAUUUUAAGCAUUUUUGCAUUUUUUUAGAUGAGACAGCUCAAAGAAAGACAAAAAUGUAGGGAGUGCAGAAAAGGGGAAAGGGUUGAGAGCUGAGUUGAACUGUUGUUAUGAGGACAAAAACCUUAACAUUUAGUGUAGGCCUGAACCGCCUAAAGCCAACCAGCAACAACUCCUAAAACUUUACUUUUAGUACAUUGACUUCACUUUUUGUUGAACUUUUGUUGCAGUUGAACAGAGAGCAUCCUUAAGGACUAAUGGUUUUUGGCAAUUUGAUGAAAAUUUGGUCCGAAAAUAAUCCUGUUUAGAUGACAUUCAGACAUUUACUUUUUCUGACAAGUACUUUGAGGUACUAAGUCUUGGUUUUCUGCAUCUAGAUCAUGUUUACUUUUGUUUUAAGUUAUUGAAAACACAAAUGAUACGUUGCAUAUUCCUCAUAUUGCAAUUGUUCAGCAUGAAACACAAUAGCAGCAAGUGCAAAAUAAAGGAACAUCAUGAAUCACAACCUUAACAGCUCGAGGACAGAUUGAUGAGGUUUGUUUGAGUCUGUAUGUGAAUGUUUUAGGCCGUACCAUCCUGCUGUCCACACACCACAUGGAUGAGGCUGACCUUCUGGGAGAUCGAAUCGCCAUCAUCUCACAUGGGAAACUCAAGUGCUGCGGUUCCCCGCUCUUUCUGAAGAGCACAUACGGAGACGGAUACAAACUGACGCUGGUCAAAAAGCAAAGCGAAGGCCGAGGUGAGCACCAGUGUGGAUGCUGUUAUUGAUUUGAAUGCAGGUGUAUAAAUGUCAAUGUAAUGUUUUCUCUUUCUUUCAAUUAAAGGGAUAUUCCGGCGUAAAAUUAGGUUAGGGUCAAACACACCGUAACACUUGCUUCUCUAGUAAUGACAGCACAAUAGCAAUACACAGCGGUCCCAGGAGCCACAAGCUCAACCAAAACGCCACUCUAUAGCCACAAAUAACUUCAUCAACAGUACAUAUAGGGUCCCAGCCACCAAACAUCUUUUUAACUUUGCCUAAUUUCUUUAGCCAAAAGACUUAACACAACUCACCUACUCUCUUCCAGCAGGCGCUUGUUUGUAGCGAGACCUCGGGCCAGGCCAUUACGGACUGCUGCGGGGGGCCGCAGCUCAAGGAAGAACAUUUAUGAUCAUUACUUCUUAGAAAUACGAUCAGACCAAGAUGCUAAGGCAGAAGAACUACCGCGUCUGUAGUGCAAAAUGAUUAAUAUGGUGAUUAGUGCCUUGAGAAAAUGAAAAAGUAAUGAUCAUAAAUGUUCUUCCUUGAGCUGCAUCACCCCACAGCAGCCCGUAAUGGACUGGACUAACUCUGUGUCACGGUGUGUUUGACCCUAACUUAAUUUUAACGCCGGGAUAUCCCUUUAAUCUCCUUCCUUUCUCCAUCCGUCCUUCCUUUAUCUACUUAUAUCACGUGUUUUCAUCUCCUCCUCCAGGUCAGGGCGUCCAGCUGCAGCCUCCCUCCUCUCUGUCCCCGUCUUCUUCUCUGUUGCCUUGCUCAGAGGCUCGGGUAACUCAGUUUAUUCGACAGUUCGUGGCAUCCUGCUUGCUGGUAUCAGACUCCAACACCGAGCUGUCCUACGUGCUUCCCUCCGAGGCCGUGAAGAAGGGCUGCUUUGAGCGUUUGUUCCAGGUAAAAGCAAGAAAAACCCCUAACCCAGAUGAUGAAUAACUGAUUCUGAUUGGUCAAAACCCCUUGACAGUGGUUUUGAACUGUAAAUAGAAAAACCACAUCACUCUCUCCCUCUCUCUCUCUUUUAGUGGAGUGAGAAUGAGCUGUGAUUGGUUUGUCAGUGAUUAAAAACAGCUUAAUCAGCACUCCUUUGUUCUGCUUGAACCACUGCCAAACUGUGUUGCGGUAUUUAAUGCGCUGUACCUUAAUCAAUACUUGUGUUGGGGCCCUGCAGGCUUUGGAGCAGAGUUUGGACAGUCUGGCUCUGACCAGUUUUGGCGUGAUGGACACCACACUGGAGGAGGUCUUCCUCAAAGUGUCUGAAGAGGACCAGUCUCUGGAGAACAGUGACGCAGGUGAGACGUUGCUCCUCUCCUGCGUGUCCACACAGCUCAAACUGAAUCAGGCGUUCAUAAAUUAAUCAUGGCUUUCUCAGUCGAAAUAAGUUCCUGCAGAAAGUGCAGCGUCAGAGUUUUAAGUUCUGACAUUUUCUUUGAGUUCAUGUUUUGGCUCCAGGCUAAGAUGAUAAUCAGUUCUCUAACUCUCUCUCUCUUUUCUUCCUCUGUCUUUCUCUCUCUCUCUCUCUUUCAUUGGCAGACAUGAAGGGGUCCCCAGGGGGCAGCUCAGUGGGAAAAUCCUCAGUGGGCUCAGCUGGCUUGGGGGGUCCACAGAGUGAGACGGGCCCUGCGGUGGAAGGUGAUAAGCCUGAGGUGGAGCUGAGUAAUCUGGUGAUGUGCUCCAGACUGAGCCAAAGCCAGUCCUCCCUGAAAUCCUCCUCGUCAGUGGGCUCUGUGCGAGGGGACGAGGGGGGGCUCUAUGCAGACUUUUAUGGAGAUUACUGUCCCCUCUUUGACAACGGCCAGGAGUCAGACUCUGCCAGCCUGAGGGGUAAGACGACUCGAUGUGCUAAACUUUUAUUGCAGUCAUUUCUGCAGUAAGGUGUUUUGGCUGAUUAAUCACCUUUUUAAAAUACACCUUUGAUCGGCCAUGUUUCUUAAAAACUUCAAUUUCCUAAGAGCACAUUAGAUAUUAAUUGGCAUCUAUGAGCAAGUUCAACAAUCUUUGUUUUUCAUUUUUCAGUCUAUAAAAGCCCGAGAUCUGUUUGUGUCGUCUUCACACUGACAUACUGUAAAUCUAAAUGACUUUGGAGCGAGCAUCUAAUACCAUUAAAUCAAGUUAAAAAUGUCAAUAAUGAAGUUAAAGUGCUUUUAAAGAUUUAUUGCCAUGUGCAUUAACGUUUUGCCUGACUCAUCAUUUUCUCAGUCUUAUCUGAUUUGGCUGUUAAAUACAAAACAUUGAUCGGUCUUAAUCUUUUCUCUUGAUUUUAGCACAACCUUAAACUUUAAGAAACUCAUGUUUUACCUGUAGAUUCAAACAUGUUGAGAGUUUAUAAACUAAAGAGGUUCAUACUGCCUGUCGAUGAUAAAUUUACAAGACGGUUCCUCUAUAAAGGCCAGAGAGGUAAAGAAUAAACUUGUCAGGUACAAAAAUGUUUAUUUUUUUACCUUUCUGGCUUUUAUAGAGGAACCAUCUUGUAAAUGUUCAGGGUUUUUCCUCACUUCCAGUUAAAUGUUUGUUGAAUCUUUAGACAAUGUUAUAAUUUGUAGGACUGUCCGUGGGGUUUUCUAAAUCCUAUAACCAUCUGAAAGUUUUUAUCCAGCUACUAACCAAACUCAAGACAAAAAGCCUCUUCAAUUAGAUGAUAAUUUUUUUGGUACAAAGAUAUCAAUUUCUAUUUCCCUCUGCUGUCUCAUUGUUAUCCUACAGAUGCUGAAAACCCAUUGUCCCCAGAGCCGGAGGUCCUUGAGGGGCAGGGCAGCUUUAAGCUGGAGGGUUGGUGGUUAAAGCUGAGUCAGUUUCAUGGCCUCAUCGUGAAGAGGUUCCACUGUGCGAAGAGAAACACCAAGGGCCUCUUCUCUCAGAUCCUCCUCCCUGCUUUUUUUGUCUGUGUGGCCAUGACGGUGGCUCUGUCUGUCCCAGAGAUCGGUGAGCUAAUCUUAAAAAGCGAAUAGAAACCUGUCAAAUAUUUGUAAUAGUGUUUGUAAAAUAUGUUCAGUAAUUAGAAAUGCACAAAUUUCGAGUAGAGGAGCAGAAAACUCUGACAUCUCAGGAGUUUAUUUCACUCACAUUAUAAUAAACAGACACAAGUUUCAGCUCAAGGCUGUCUGCUGAGUAUUUAUGUGACAGUUUCCAUACAACAACAUACACAAGAGCAUAUUUGUUGGUGCCUUUUCACUUGCAGGUAAUCUACCAUUCUUCUUUUUCAUCUCUUCUUUCAUCUUCUAUCUUCUUCUUUGUCUUUCUACUACUUCUACUUCUACUUCUACGUAUUUCUUCUUCUACUUCUUUCAUCUUCUUCUUGUCUUAUUAUGUUUGCUUUAUUUUGGUCUCUUCAAGUCACUGUUAGAGGUUUUAACUGCUGCUAGAAUAGCCUCACUCUUAUGGCCUACACAGCAAAAUAGGAUUAUUAAUGAUAUGAUUGGUCAUUUCUUUCUACAGGUUUUUUGUGCCUGUGCUCAGGUCAAAAAAAGCUGAGUCAAUUCGAUAUUCAUCACUCACCCUGAAGAUUCUUUAUUCAAAUUCUGCCUGCAAACUUUGUCAGUGAGAAGUAAGAUUGCAUGUAGGAGACUGAUACUGACUAAUACUGGAGCAGGAUUAGCUGGAGGAUGUCUGUUUUUUGUUGAAGGAUUGUUUUAGCUCAAGUGAUGCCUGAUAAAUAUGAUCCUUCAAAUAGAUUUGUCAACUCAGGGGAUUGUCGGCUAAUUCAUACAAACUUAUGAAUCUUGUUCUCCAUAUCAGCAAAGUCUGGUGAAUACCAUGAUACUGCACACUGACUCUUAAAAUCUAAAUAUAUUUUUCAUGAAAAAUACAUUUAUUUUUACUUUGAGUAUCUGAUAUUUUGUCCUUUCUCCACUCUCAAGUUAUCAUAGGGUUGAAACUACUUGCAAGUUAUUGUAUUCUGGUCUUAAUUGUCGGAGUGUAAAUCUCCAAAUUAAACCGCACCUCUGAUAUUAAGCUCUUACUAUGCCUACAAUUUUUUUUCUUCUCUAGGAGAUUUGCCCCCUCUGAUCUUGUCCCCCUCCCAGUAUCACAACUACACCCAACCAAGAGGCAACUUCAUCCCCUACGCCAAUGAAGACAGACCCCAGUACAGGUAAGACGGCAGUUUUUGUGUACCUGUGUCAUAUCAACUUAAAAAAGGUUCCGUUUUUUUAUCUCUAACAUCUUCUUUUCAGGAGUAAGCUGUCUCCAGAUGCCAGCCCACAGAAGAUCGUCAACACUCUCCGUCUGCCCUCAGGUGUGGGGGCUACCUGUGUCCUCAAAACCCCCUUCAACAGCACCCUGGACCAGCUUGCUCAGACCCUCAACCCUAGUGCCAACAACUCCAAGACCCUCGCUGCACGUUACUUUGACUCCAUGUGUCUGGACUCCUUCACCCAAGGCGUUCCCCUUUCCAACUUUGUGCCUCCACCUCCAUCACCAGCCCCCUCAGAUGACCCAGACCCCCGCUUUGAGGACGGACUCUGGAACUUCACAGUCGCCCCUCCAACCACAGUUCAUGGUGAGACUUUCUUUAUAUGUGCUCCUUAUUAGAGAUUAAUCUGAUAGAGUUCAGAUAAACUAUCUCCUAUUUUUUUAAAAAGUGAUUUGAUAUCUUCGGUUUUGAUCCAAUCCUGCAAAGAUGUACAAGAUUUGAAUUUAAAGUGAUGCCAAAACUGUGGUGCCUUUUACCUGCAUUCUUUCAAAUGGCCAGCAGAGGGCAACUUUUGGCUUUAUAAAACAGUCUACUUUGAUUGAAUUCAGAGGCUUUGUUUUUAACUGAGCUUUUGUUUUUAUUUGUUUUUAUUUUCAUGUGCUGAUGCUCUGUGCUUGCAACUGUUGUCAAAGCACUUUGUAAACUUCUGUUUUUAAAUGUGCUAUAUAAAUAAAGUUAUUGUUAUUAUUAUUAUUAUUAUUGAAAUCUGUCAGAAAAUGGUCCUCCCUCCCAGCUUAUUUCUUCUUCUUUUUUUAAAAUUUUCUUAAUAAGGUCUCAGUCUCUACUUUAAAGCCCUUUUUAAUACAGCAUGAUUUUCAAUUUGUAAAUUAUGGUCAUAUUCAGAGUCCAAAUGACCUUAAAACAGCAGGAUUUAAGACAGGCUACUUCAGAUCGAUAACCCACUCCUGCACAGCAACAUAUAAAGCAGAGUGUUGGCAUUAAAAGACUUGAAGAAUACCCAUUAUUAGCUAUCGGGAAGUUAUGUCACUUUAAGUGCUUUGAUUUUACAUUUUUUCCUGUAUAGCCUACAAAUCUUUGGCAUUAUACAAACUUUUUAAUUUCAUGCAUUAAACCAGGGUUUUUUGUAACAACAAUGAUGGCCUGAAGUUACCCCUGAGCUGUCUUUUUGUGGUCAUUGUCAAUUUUAUCCUCCGAGGUUUGAGUUAAAGUUUCUCCUUCAUGUUUUCUCAGAGCCUGUGACGUCUCCCCCGACCCUCCCUCUGUCCAUCCAUGAACCGGUGCGUUGUACCUGCUCCAUGCAGGGGACAGGUUUCUCCUGCCCCAGUGGAGUGGGAGGGAGGCCCCCUCUCAUGAAGGUGGUGACGGGUGAUAUCCUGGUGGACAUCACCGGCCGAAACAUCUCUGAGUACCUGCUCUUCACCUCAGACAGACUACGCCUGCACAGGUAUGGCUUUUUAAGGAUGUAAAAAUGUAUAGGGCUCUGGUUAGGGUGACCAUACGUCCUCUUUUACCCGGACAUGUUCUCUUUUUGGGGGGCUGUCCGGCCUUGUCCAGGGGAGUUUAUAAAACCCUUCAAAUGUCCGGUUUUUACCUUUUUUGUUUGUCUUCAUAGAUACGGUGGUUUAACAGUGGGCAACAUCCAGAAAUCAAUCCCAGCAUCCUUUGGUAGCAACAUACCUCCAAUGGUGAGAAAGAUAGCGGUUCACAGAUCCGCUCAGGUAAGAGUCCAACUCUGAACCAAACAUAGAGUGUAUAAACACACUUUAAACAACGCACUGAUAGAGAGGCCACCUGUGUGCAGGUUCUGUACAACAACAAAGGUUACCACAGCAUGCCGACGUACCUGAACGUGCUCAACAACGCCAUCCUGAGGGCCAACCUGCCAGUAUCCAAAGGAAACCCUUCUGCCUACGGUAAAUAAACACGAUACAGUGUGGACAGAGAUUCUUUUGGAGGACACUAAUGUGACUAAGAUGUGUUAUCAUUUUGGAUAAGUAGUCAACAUCCUCUUAAAUUAAGUGGUUUUGUUGUGUGUUUCUGUAGGUAUCACUCUGACAAACCAUCCAAUGAACCGGACCAGCGCCAGCCUCUCUCUGGACUACUUGUAUGUGUCUUUGCAGCACUGGCAUAAGAACCAUAAUCUGAUAAGAACUAAAUCAGAAUUUUGACUAGAAUCACAGUUUUAAAAUAAACAGAAAAAGGGCAGAUCAAUCUCUCUAACAUUUCCAAUUGCAUAUUUAUUGAUGACAUUAAUCCAUGUCUCCUUAAACUCUCAUAAAAACCUAAAUAAUCAGAGCUGCACUUAAAAAAACUUCCACUAAUCUGCAAGAAAUCUCAUCGCAUUAGGAAAACUGAUGCCUUUUUCAGGGGUUUUGCAUGUCAUAAUUCGUCCUUUUGUUAUGACUCCAGGCUUCAGGGAACAGAUGUGGUGAUCGCCAUCUUCAUCAUUGUGGCCAUGUCCUUCGUCCCGGCCAGUUUUGUGGUUUUUCUGGUGGCGGAAAAAUCAACAAAAGCCAAACACCUGCAGUUUGUGAGCGGCUGUGACCCUGUCAUCUACUGGCUGGCUAACUACAUCUGGGACAUGGUGAGGAGGACACACACUGCAUGUGUGUGUAGAUGUGUGUAGAUACUGCAUGAUUUGUCCAGGUGUGAACAUGUCCUCUUGUCUCUUCUCAGCUGAACUACCUGGUACCUGCCACCUGCUGUGUCAUUAUCCUGUUUGUGUUCGACCUGCCGGCCUACACUUCCCCCACAAACUUCCCUGCUGUCCUCUCCCUCUUUCUGCUCUAUGGGUGAGAUAUUGGAACAAAAACACACACACACAGACACACACCUGUUUACUUUAAGGGAUAUUCCGGCGUAAAAUUAAGUUAGGGUCAAACGCACCAUAACACCGAGUUAGACACCCCCUCAAGAGGUGAAUGUUGCCGACUUGCUUCUCUAGUUAUACCAAUUUUAGUAAUGACCACAGGAUAGCAAUACACAGCGGUCUGAGGAGGCAGAAAGAAGCCUCUACCAAAACGAGACUGUAUAGCCACAAAUGAUUCUCAAAACAGCACCAAGCUUCAUCAACAGUACAUAUAGGGUCCCAACCACAGCACUAGCCACCAAACAUCUUAUUAACUUUGUCUAAUUUCUUUAAAAAGGGACUAAACACAACUCACCCACUCUCUUCCAGCAGUCACUUGUUUGUAGCGAGACCUCGGGCCAGUCCAUUACGGACUGCUGUGGGGUGACGCAGCUCAAGGAAGAACAUUUAUGAUCAUUUCUUAAUGGAAAUGCAAUCAGAUUGAGACGCUAAGGCAGAAGACACUACCGCGUCCUUGAGCUGCUACAAAGCUACCUUUGUCUCGCUACAAACAAGCGGCUGCUGGAAGAGAGUGGGUAAGUUGUGUUUAGUCUCUUUGCUAAAGAAAUUAGGCAAAGUUAAAAAGAUGUUUGGUGGCUGGGACGCUAUAUGUUGAUGGAGUUAGGUGCUGCUCUGAGCAUUAUUUGUUGCUCAAGAGUGGGGUUUUAGUUGUGGUUUGUCUGUGGCUCCUCAGACCUGCUAUCCUGUGGUCAUUACUAAAGUUGGUAUAACUAGAGAAGCAAGCGGUCGGUAACAUUCAUCUUUCGACGGGGAUGCCUAACUCAGUGUUACAGAAUAUCCCUUUAAUACCAUCAGAUACCCAUGUUCCGAUACGUCAGCAUACCUAUCAAUGCCUGAUGGACUUGCUCUUACUGUUGUUCACUAUGAUUUCUUUCUUCCAGGUGGUCCAUCACUCCCAUCAUGUACCCAGCAUCCUUCUGGUUCGAGGUCCCCAGCACGGCCUACGUGUUCCUCAUUGUCAUCAACCUUUUCAUCGGCAUCACCGCCACUGUGGCCACUUUUCUCCUGCAGCUCUUUGAACAUGACAAGGUCUGUUUUAUUUUGUUAAACACUUAUCUUAAUAUUUAGUUUUUUAUACUUUAGUACAGGUUACAGAAUAAGAUGCUGUGAUGACCUUUUUAAUUUUUAAAUAAUUAAAUUAAGAAAGGAAAGAAUAAUACUCAUUCGUGGAUAGGAAUUGUAUGAUCAGUUGUUUAAUUUUGUGUAUUAUUUCUAUUGUGUUUUUCAUCCAGGAUCUGAAAAAAGUCAACAGUUACCUGAAGUCUUGUUUCCUCAUCUUUCCAAAUUACAACCUGGGCCAUGGUCUGAUGGAAAUGGCCUACAAUGAGUACAUUAAUGAAUACUAUGCCAAAAUAGGUAUGUCUGUCAGCGCUAAUCAAUAAAUUUGUAUUUUUGUGGACGAACUGAACAUCACAAAACAGAGAUGGAUUAGAUAUAUGAAGACAGUGAACAAGUUUCUUCUGUUUGUCUGUUUUUAGGUCAGUUUGACAAGAUGAAGUCUCCGUUUGAGUGGGACAUUGUGACUCGAGGACUUGUUGCCAUGACAAUCGAAGGCUUUGUCGGCUUCCUCAUCACCAUCCUCUGCCAGUAUAACUUCCUCAGGAAACCCCCGUAAGUGAUUCAUGUGUUCAGUGUGAAGCUUUUAAAUGACAGGCGGUUCAAAAUUAAAUAUAAUACAACAAAAAUGAAAUAAUAUCCCAUGUGUGUAUUCAGGAGGGUUCCAGUCAGCUGCCAGCCAAUAGAUGACGAUGACGUAGAUGUGGCCUGUGAGAGACACCGAGUUCUGCGAGGAGAUGCUGACAAUGACAUGCUGAAGAUCGAGAACCUGACAAAGGUCUGAAAAGUAUUUUAAAUUCAGACAAAAUUACAAGUUAGAAGUGGACUUCAUGCAUCAUCAGUAUUGAUUGUUUACUCAAAUUACACUAACUUAGAUUUAUUCCAGUCACUACUGCAGGAUUUAUUGAACCAUAUUUGUGUCACUGUUAGACAGCCUGACAGAAAUCGCCCCUUUUAACUUUUAACAACAAAUGGUCGGCCCACAAUGAAGAUCAACAUAUUCAAUAGAAACCUAAAAGCUGGGAACUUUGUGACAUUCAUUUUUGCUUUUAUACCAUCCAUUCGAGCAGAAAGCUGCCCAAAAUCAAAGUUUUGUUAAAUUUGCCUUACUUUAUUGCCGAAUGUGCUCCAGCCUCUCCCCUUUACAGUCCAGAACUCUUUCAAGGAUUAGAUUUACACUUUUUUUCUUACAGCUCAGAUGCAACUUUUCUCACAUGCACACUCCUUAAUUUUGCAGGAUGUCUUUAUUUGUUUUGUGUCCCUCUCAGGUGUAUAAAUCCAGGAAGAUGGGUCGUAUCUUAGCUGUGGACCGGCUGUGUUUGGGGGUCCGCCCUGGGGAAUGUUUUGGUCUGCUGGGAGUGAAUGGAGCCGGAAAGACCACCACCUUCAAGAUGCUGACAGGAGAUGAGUGCACCACUGGAGGAGAGGCCUUCAUCAAUGGAAACAGGUAAGAAACAGAAAACUCUUUUCUUUCUUUUUAUUUUUCUUUUUGCACUUUUUGUUCUUUUAUUGGAGAUGAUAGGGUAAACUGUAGAGUCAGGAAAUGGGGGAGAGAGAGUGGGGAAAGACAUGCAGGAAAGGAGCUGCAGGCUAAAUGAUUAACCUCCAUCUAGUGUUUGGGUGUCCGCAUAUGUCUGAGUAAAACAGUUGGCAUUAAAUAAAACACUCUCUUGAAGACACAAGAAUAUCAUGAAAACAGUUACAUACUUUUAUAUCUGUGUGUGUUUAUGUUGACAGUAUCCUGAAAGACCUGUUGCGUGUGCAGCAGAGCAUCGGUUACUGUCCGCAGUUCGACGCUCUAUUUGACGACCUGACAGCCAGAGAACACCUGGAGCUCUACACUCGACUCCGCGGGAUUCCCUGGAAGGACCAGGAGAGGGUCAGUCCAUCACACACACAAACAUACUUGAUUUACUAUACUUGUGAGAGUCCUUAUUUACAGUAUGCAAAGCCAGCUAAAAUUAACCUUACAAAUCCAACACUAAAUCAUGUCCUUGUCUUUUUUUUAUUAUUCUCCUUUCUUUUGGAAAUUUUAAAAUUUGACUGUAAACUUUGACAAAUAUAGAGGGAACUAUAUGAGGCAGGCAUGAUAAUUCAGCAGUAAAGAACAGCACAAAAAUCAUAGACAGGACUUAUGGAGAACAUGCUUCCUGUCUGAUUAGAUUUAGUAAAUCCAUAAGGUUGAAAUUGUCAGUGGUAUUAAGAUUGUUUACAAGUAGUUACUCUUUUAUUCAUCUUUCCCCUCCACUCCAUCAUGUCAAAUACUCUCUCUGACCUCCACCUGUCUCCUUCAGGUGGUGCAGUGGGCGCUAGAAAAGCUUGAGUUGUCCAAAUACGCUGACAAACCUGCUGGGACCUACAGUGGAGGAAAUAAACGCAAACUCUCGACUGCCAUUGCUCUGAUUGGAUACCCGUCACUCAUCUUCCUGGUAAGACGAUUUUAUGAAUGUUCAGUACUGAUCAAGAAUAAUUUUGGCACUGAAACCAUCCAAAACAGCGUGUUUGGAAAUCUUCAAGUAUAACAUUAAAAAUUAAACCCACCCUGCAACAAACAUUUUUACAUGCUGAUGAUGUUCGGGCCGGCUCGGGUUCUCUUCCAGCCUGUGGGUCUUUUUCUGCAUUCCACCCCCCACUCUGUCUCCUAUUCUUUUUCUUUUGGAUCCUUCAGUCCCUUUAGAUAAACCUCUUUAUGGGGUACCUCAGGGCUCUGUCUUGGAACCAUUUUUAUUGUCCCUUUCCUACUCUGUUUUGGUUUUAUUAUCUUAUACCACAGUAUUUCAUUGCUAUGCAGAUGACACCCAGCUGUAUUUGUCCCAUAAAUCGUAUGAAUUAGCUAAAUUCAAUUUUUACAAAUUAAAUACAAAUAGAUCCCUACAUUUUUGUUUUCAUAUAUGUUCAUUUUUUUCACUCUAAUUGUUUUACUUGGUCUCCUCCAGGACGAGCCCACCACUGGGAUGGACCCAAAGGCCCGCAGAUUCCUCUGGAAUUUAAUCCUCGACAUCAUCAAGACCGGACGCUCUGUAGUGCUGACAUCACACAGGUGAGACACCUGCGUCCUUACAUGAAGAAAGAUUACUUUUCCCUUUUUUCUGUUUGACUUCAUACAUAACUUUGUGUGUUUCUCUGCAGCAUGGAGGAGUGUGAGGCUUUGUGCACCAGACUGGGCAUCAUGGUGAAUGGCAGGUUUAAAUGUCUGGGUAGCAUCCAACACCUUAAGAACAGGUCAGCAGGACAAUGAUCUACCUUUAAUUUCCUUAUAUUAAUGUAAUCUAACCUGCAUUCUUUACCCUGAGUUUAACUUUAACAGUGGACAGUUAUUUCCUGGUAAACGGUAACACUGAUUUACACUUUUUCUUGUUUUGCAUUUGACAAACAAGGUUCAAAGUAUCUCACUGUGUAAAAGCCUCUGUACCAUAAAUAAAAGCACACCUUCAACUGAACACUUUUCUGCUGUAGUGUCUGAUAAUGCCGGGUCAAAGACUUUUUUAUAUGUGGUAAAAACCUUUGGAUUCAUGUUUGCAUGAAUUCAAGUCUUAAGUAAGUCUAAAUUUUAAUGGAUUGCGCUGCAUUGAAUGUAUAUUUCACUCAAUAGACUGAUCAGCUGCUGAGUCCAGAGCAGUCUUUAGCCGAACUUUAUUGAAAUGUUACAAUGUCUGAUUUUCAUAUCUGAAGAUCCAAAUUAAAGAUAUGGUCAAAGUCUUUGUCUUUGUUUCUUUGUCUUUGCUGCAGGUUUGGAGAUGGCUACAUGAUCACAGUGAGGACAAAAAGCAGCUCUAAUGUGAAGGAGGUGGUUCGCUUUUUCAACAGGAACUUCCCUGAAGCUGUGCUGAAGGUAAAUGUCUGCAGUAACAGAUAUAUGCAGUGUAUACAAGUCAAUCCACGAAAACAACUGAAGGACAGGAAAUCCUAAAGCACAAAAGCUGUUGCAUUUACCAUGUCUGCUGGAUGUGUCAGUAAAUAAAGUUUAAGCCAACAACCGAACCAUGAUAACUUAAGAUAAAAUAAGAAGAACUUCAGGCUAACUUCUCUACACCUGUACUUUUUAACAUGCUGUGAAGUAUGUUAGUUUAAUAAACAUAUUAAAUCUGAAUUAACACUGCCCAAUCAUUUAACCCCUGAUUUUUAUUCCCCCACUCUCCUGAAAAAAGAAGCAAGAAAGAAACUUGUUUCUCAAUUCAACCAAAUUGAGGUUUUUGUUUCCGCAACCUGCAUGAAAUGAUUUUUCUGAUUGUUCUGUUAGACAUUGACCUCUCUUUUGUUGAUAUCCCAGGAGCGUCACCACACCAAGGUCCAGUACCAGCUGAAGUCUGAACGGAUCUCUCUCGCUCAGGUGUUCAGUAAGAUGGAGCAGGUGGUCGAGGUUCUGGGGAUAGAGGACUAUUCUGUCAGUCAGACCACUCUGGACAAUGUGAGUCAAACAUUAGACACAUUUAGAUUUUACAGUAAAAUCCAAAAUAAAAGACACACCGAUACAGAAAAUGCAGUUUUCCUUUAACUUCCACUGUGUUCAGCAACAUAAAGACGAGUUCGGCUGUGUAGCUCUCUCUCUCUAGCAGUUACCUGUAUGAUUGUUGAGCUCUGAUAGUUGUGAGAUAUUGAACCAUCAUCAUUCCACAAGCUUUAUUCUAUUGUUCAUAGUAUUUCUCAGUUUUCUAAAAUGCAUUAUUACGACCUAGUUAGGGGGGAAAACAUUAAUAAGAGGCACUGUCAGACUGUUUCACUGCAGCUGUUUCUUCAAGCAUCACCCCCUCCAUGAUAGUAUACCAAUGAUCACACCGUGUUUAGGACACAGCCCACAUUCUGGAUGGAAAAGAGUAUUUAAAGUGUGUGUCAUCCACCAAUUUUUAAUAAAGCACCUUUUCUCUGCACAGGUGUUUGUGAAUUUUGCCAAGAAGCAGAGCGAUAACCUCGAGCAGCAGGAGGUGUCGCCCCCCAGCGGCGGACAGUCGCCCCUGCAGCGCAUCCUCAACCUGCUCAAGUCUCGACCAGCGAACACGGAGCUGAACGCGCUGAUCAGCGAGGCACCCGAGGAGCUGGAGAGCGACGACGAUGAAGGACUCAUCAGCUUUGAAGAGGAAAGAGUAAGUGGAUCACGCCUCAAUGACUUUGAUUUUACAUAUGAAAACUAGAAAAAGAGGGAAAAUUAGAAGCAAUUAUUUUUAAGUGAUACAUAACUAAAGCUAUAAUUAUUAUUCGCUUCGUAAAAAGCCUCUUUCCACAUGUUAAAUUGCACGUUUUGUGUGUGUGUUGCUAGGUGCAGCUCUCCUUCAACACAGACACUCUCUGCUGAAACGACCACUGUAAUAGCAAGGCGAUGAGCAGAGGGUGACAGAACUGUCUGUCUGUCUAUCUGAGCUCGGAGACAGAGGUCAGAGCUGCAGAUUUAACCCUGAAGAGGCAGCGUGAAUAGAAGAGCAGCAGAUCAGUGUUUUAGCCUCAAAUUCUUCACUGAGGUGGAGGUUUAAGUUGGAUUCUCCGAACAGAGACAAAGACCUGAGAGACACAGAGACGGGGUGGACUUUGUCCUGGAAUGUUUCAUUUUUUUUAUGUUUUAAGGAGAAUAUAUCUCUCUGGAUGUUGAUGGAGACAGCCGCUUUGACCCCACAGGUUACUCCGUCAAACAGCCCGAUGUAUGAGCAGACCCUUGUUCCUGCCCUGAGAGCAUGCUUUGAUGAAGUAGUCAUGUAAAACAGUCUAUUUUUCUGUGGCAAGAAGAGUGAUUUAUUUUGGAUAUUGAAGCAGCUGCGGACUGGCGUAUGAGGUUUACUUUGCACUAACAGAAGACUGAGUGAAAUGCACCAUGGGAAGGUGUGCAAGCUUUUGGCCUUUUCUUUUUAAAAUUGAUGUCAGAGACAGAGAAAAUGUAAUGGCAUGGUUAUUGUCCUGAUGGUGCCUCCCCUCUAUAACACUGUACAUUUAAACUUUCUACUGAAUGCUCUCUUUUGUGCGUUUAACAUUUCAUUCUGUCGUGGACUCUGCCAAGAAGAUCCUCUUGAAACCGGACACAGUGUAAAAUAAUAACUCCUUUUAACAGUCUGAAUAUGGACUCUGCUGUUUUUCCCUGACAAUAACUGCACUACCAUCACUGUGAUACUAAAGGGAACUCUCAGAUCAGGAGAAACUGUUAUUUAACUCCAGUUCAGUACAUGUUUUAUUCUUUUAGAUCAUUUUUAGUGGACUUAAAAACGUGCUAAAUACACUCUUACAGAAACCAUAGAUGUUUAUCUGACUGUACGUUUGCAGAUUAGUUUGAACUGCUUUCUCCUUCUCUCUCAUGAGUUUUUGUGAUGAUUCAGUUGUUCUCCGUCAUGAUGAUUACUGUUUCACUUCUUCUUUCACAGCUAACUGCAGUCAUAUUUUUUGGUGAUUAUCAUUGCACUGGUGAGCUGUUUUCCUACUUGAGGGGAUUGUCAUUAAACGAGAAAAACUGACCCAAAAUGUCAUCCUUUUUCUCUGAUACUGAAAAAGCUG